GCUGCCCUCUUCCGGCAAUUGCAGAUAAAGGUUCUGGUUUCUAUUCUUGUUGCUGAAGCUCGUCUCCAUGUCGGAAAGGAAGAGACAAGUACAUCUCAGCUGAACAGCAGUUAUUCUCUUGAAUGGCUUUUUGAAGUGAGCCUUUCAUGCGGUCAUGUUCAAUCAUUCAUUUGAUAAACGCUUCUUCCAAAAACAACAUAACUCGGUUACAUUGAUGAACUCUAUUGUGUCCAUGUGAAUCCUUUGUUCUGACAGAUGAGUAAUUUUCAUAGAGGCUGUGACCAGUGCUGCAGGCGGACACAGGAGAGGUCUGGUUUCCUGUCACAUCACGGACAGAUCUCGCUGCAACACGAAACCAGCAAACCUCGACCUCUGCAUCAACGUCACAAUGUCGGUAUCGACGCGAGCGCGCGAGGCAGCAUCCACGCUUCAAUUAUGCCGGUAGGACGUGUUAUACUAAACAGAGGUAGCUUACAGAAGGAGCAACCCUCGCAUGCUAAUAACGUGCUGUUGUUGAACAAGUGACGACAGCAGUGCGGCUACCGGCGUCGUUGUGUCUUUCCGUAAACAAUAAUAACCAGAUUAUCCGCCUCAGUGUCCUGGUAUUGUAGUCAGAAGACAAACGUGUCUAAUAACUCAAUCUUAAAGUCUGCAGGUCGUCAGAUAACGGACCCCUGCCGAGUUUACUUUGGGCCUAUGAGACGUCGCGUUCAUUCAAGCCUGUGUUGCCGGCAGAGGUGCAGAACGCCCAUUAGCAUGUCGUAUGAUAUGACCUCACCAUGCCAUGAGUGCAGGGGAGAGAUCCUGUAGCUGCUUACUACACAGGAAGCGCUGAGGUCCACAACAUAUUACAAAAACUGCCAAAAAAGUUUUAUUUUACAGCGAAGGCUUGAGCAAUUUGGCUUUACUCAAUACGUCGUUUUCUCGUAAUGUGAUAUUACCUAAAUGCUUCCUAAUAUAUGCAAGAAUUUCAGCCCAAGAUAUUAACUGGAGAAAUAGCAAUAUAACGUACAAAGUCAACCGGGCUUACAAAGGCAGCACAGCUAACAGUGCGGUAAUGACUUAGCUUGUUAAAAUACCAUUGCCAUGAAUUCAUUUUAGGUGCUCACCAUUGGGUGGAGCCAAACAACACACAACCUGCCACAACAGAUAUGUUUGCAUUGCAGUACCUCACAAAAUAAUUAAAAACUCAGUACUAAAAAUACUUGCACUCAGACACGAGAAGUGAUAGUAUGAUAUGAUGAAAAUAAGCCUUAUUUGACACACAAUAUUUUUUCCAUCAUCAGAUACUGAUAAAAAUAUUCACAGAGAGGUUAUUGGGUGUAAUUGUGUUGUGAUGUCCUAAAGUGAUCUUGACAGUAAGAUGUGCCAUUUUGAUAUAAUUGUACUGCUUCUAAAUGGAUCAGCAAAUGAAAAGACCACGUACAGUAAAAGUUUAUAAUUUGAAGUACUGUGAUCUGGAUGACUGACUGACUCAGGACCUCCAUGGACAGAUUGUGAAAGUAAGGUUAGGGUUAUUUAUUUCAUAACUCACUCUUUGCAGUAGCAAUCAGACACUUUGUAGCUACUGUUGACUAAUAGUUCAUUCCAAGGACGUUAACUAAAUAUACCUGGGAUAUUAAAAUGCUGCUGAUAAGUAGCCAUUUACUUAGACUUUCCACUUUGUGUACUGAAGGAAGUUACAGCAGAUGGUCUUUAGCUAAACCUAACAACAGUGGUACCUCAGGAUCACAGGCAUGACUCUGCGAUUUAUACAUAAAUUUUAGGUCUGCUGAAAUGACACACCAAGUAGAGAGGAUGCAGGGAUAGAUUUUGUGUUGUUUGACAACAGUCUGGCACAUUUUAGCAAACAUUAAGUCAUCAUCUGAUAGGAUAGGAAGUUGGAAGUGGUUGAAUGCUAGCCUUCGAAUAUCUUGUCAAGUUCCGAAUUCCUAAAUUGUUGCAAAUAGUGCAGUUUCUACUUUAGGCAUACUUGGCAAGUUGUGUGGUAUCUCUAAAGUAGAACAUUAGAUAAAUGUCAACAGCAAAGUGUCUACUUAGGAUCUUAUUACUGUUAAAAAUACUGUUUAAAAGUACAGCUUACCUGUUAAAGUAAGCAAUAAGAAACUUAGGCUAUUUGUGUCUGCCUGUGCAAACUGGAUGUAAUUACAUGUGCUGUUUCACAUUAUGCUUUUGGCCUUUGGAUUUAUCGAAAAGGACAAUAUAUACUGUAGCUUUAAAAAAUUAGGGGGAGAUAAGACAAGAAUAAUAACCUUAUGUAUCCCUGAGGGGAAAUUGGAUAGAGGGUGGAGACAAACAGUGAUGGGCUGAGUUGAGUCCAGGACCACUUUGUAAGAGACAGGGCCUCUGUACUGUUUAUGAGAUGCUAAAGACAAAUAACUCUCUAACCGUCUAAUGUAAGAUUGACCAGCUAAAAUGCCGUUGAUCCUGUUUGUGAGGCAGAAUUUUCUCCACUGCUGUUAGUUUUAUGUGAUUGCUCUAACAAAGGAGGUUAUUCACCCCGAGGGAAAAUUCAGUUCUCUGUUGUUGUAUUCAGAACUUUGGGACACAUUUACUCUCAAAAGAGCACAUUGUAUGCACUGUACGUAACUGAAAUAAUUUAAUCCAUAUAUGAUCCAUAUUUCUGAAGUUACAUAUGAACAGGUUUUAAGGGCAGAGGGACUUUCCUCUUAGUUGGCGCCGAUCUUUGAAUGAAUUCUUGAAUCAAUCACCAGAACAUUUUUGAUAUUUUUGUUACUUAACCCUUCAAACAUUAGUGGCUUUAGGUGUGGUCUUGUUUGUCUGAAAGAGGGACUUAUCUUAGACUUCUAUCUUGAAACAGGUUUUAAGGCAGGUUUUGUGGCACUUGAAGCUGUUUUAGUUGCAGGGAUGUUGGUCAGGGAUUUUCGGUGUUCUUCUAUUUUAUUUAUUUACAUGGGGUUUUUUUUCUCCCUCUUGGCUGCUGUACUUAGAUUGAGGUGUGUCAAACUGUAUUGGUCACCUGCUGUCAAUUUAAGCAUCAGUAGGUGUGUUGGAUCCAGUUUGAGCAGCCAUGAUGUCUGAGGCGGGGUCAGUGUAACUCUGCAUGACAUCACUGAGUACAGCAACAUCAGAGCCUAAAAUUUCAGUGGAUGUAAAUUGAAGGAUCACUUUUGAGUGAAGCAAGUCUAACUUAGUCAGCCAGAGUGUGAAGAUGCUUUGCAUUAGACCUCCCAACAGACGGCCAAAACAUGAACUGGAUUACAAAACGAUACUUAGAGGACAAGGUAUCCAACUCAGCAGGUAGUUCAUUUCAGAUGAAUGCACACACACACAAACACACACAGGUUUAGUAUUUCAGUGUAAGUAAGUAGCAGUAAUAAUACUGGUUUUACAAACGUGCUUGUUAUUGCUCUCACUGUGUCAUGAGAAUUGUUGAGCUUGAGCCUUUCUUGAGGCUGUAUCUUGUGUUUCUAUCAACUGAAUUCUAUAAUUACCUUGCUUCAAUGUAAUAAUGUAGAUAAAAUAUAAAUAAUACAAUGUUUUGUUUUAAAAAAUAAAAUACAGAAUAAUAUAGGCUCAAUAAGGAUUCCACAUUACAGUGAAAUUUGUCACACUACUGUUGUUAUAGACUACACUGCUCCAUACUUGAAUUACUUGUUACUAUUGUUGUGAUUUUGAGUGAUCUAACAUGGCCUAGUUUGACACUUCUGCUUCAUUGAUGAUGGGGAUGUUUUGCAAUUAAAAAAACUCUGGCAUUUCUAAACACUAACGUUUUUUUUUUGUUUUUUUUGAGGAAGUUACUUGUAUUCUGCUGUUAAUAAAAAAGUAGAUACUAAGAUGAUUUUGUAAUUCAUGUAACUGUUAUACAAUAUCACACAUGGACACUGUUAAAUGAACUAAUAGACCUCUUGUGAAAUAGAGAUUUACUUCUGAUGUCAAGAUGCUAAUAUCAUCCUUUGAGUAAGCACUCAGACCCCCGCACCCCCACCUUACUGAUGAGUAUUCAGAUGGAAGUACAUCAGCACAUACCUGUGUGCUUUGUGACCUCAGAGUAUGUAAAAAGAUUAGUUUAUAACUGGUGGGACUAGUUUAACUGACACCUAAGAACCGGAAACAGCUGAUGUACAUGACAGCAUUUUGUACAGACAGUACGAAAUGUCUGUACAAGAAAUGUCUGUCAGGUGAUAGACAUGGAAGAGUGAGGGUGAUAUCAAACAGGACAAACCCUUAAUUUUUUAAAUACUUAACAUGUUUUAUAAACCAAUCUAAACUGCCCCUUUAUCCAAUAAGUGACUACAUAGCUGACAAUCCUGCAAGUUUGUUCCGAAAGGGUUGAUCUUAAGUCAGAAAACAUAAUCAUGAAAAUCUGGCAGACAUGAAAAGGUGCAGUGUGUAGUAUUUGCAACAGACAAGGUAGAAAUAGAAUAUAAUGUUUGUAAGUAUGUUUGAAUUAGUGUUUAAUCACCCAGCUGUUCUUUUAGUGAACCUUUACAAAACAGAUCUGGGUCCCUCUCCAUAGAAGCUGCCAUCCUGCACCAUUGCGUUUGUAUUAUAGCAAGAGCAGAAAAACUUGUAACAUACGUGUUGUUGUGUGAAGUGAAUGGUUGUUGGAAAUGCUCAGGUUGGAAGAUGAAGAGAAAACACAAAAGCAUUUGUACUGAUAGUUAAUUUUGAUGGUUAAAAACUCGACAAAUAGAAGAUCAUACUUAUCACACUUCUCAGCAGCCCUUUCGUCCUUAAAGGCCACCUUUGUUUCACUGAUGGGAGGGGUGUGCAAGCCUAGAAUCUGACAGUUGGAUAUUGCUUAAUAUUCUUAUUUUCUCAAACUGUGCCUUCAAACCUCAGCCAAUAAUAUUUCAAAGGGUCUCCUACUUUGACUUCUUCCCCUUUUUUGCAAGUCAUUACCCAAGUACCAUCUUUUGUUUGAGAAAGAGAAGUCAUAGCUCAAAGAUAUCUUCUUCUUUUCCCUGAACUCAUCAAAAUGAAGAAGAUAUGAGAACAAGAAAUUUUCUGUCAUUUUUUAGCCUCCAUGGCAAGAUUUUUCACAUCACAUCUUCCCCACCUGAUGCAUUAAAACUCAUACAGAGAAGAGUCUUUCUGCAUAGGUUUUUAUCCCUGCAGAUGUCGCAUCUGCAGGGAUUAAAACCUACUACCAAAACUUGUCUUUACUGCAGGAUCAUGGGGCCAAAUGAUGCCAACAUUGUGGGCAAUGUCCAUGGGGGCAUCAUCCUCAAGAUGAUAGAGGAGGCAGGAUCCAUUGUCAGCACGCGGCACUGCAACACACAGAAUGGGGUAAGAGACAACACCUUAUUUAUUUUAUGACCUUAAUGACUGUCUAACAUCUCUCCUCAGGUAAUAUUAAGGUUCACUUUAAAAGAAUUGUACACAUUCAAACUCAAUAACUUACUUUUCCAGUUCUACAUGUCCCAGCUGAGAAAACAGACUUGAACACCAUUGGACAAAUUAAUAAGAUAUUACAAGAAAUAAAUAUCUUGUUCCCAUAAAUCUGGGAUCUGUACUUGUGUCUUGACAUGAAGAGACUAAAGCUCUUAUUUUUGCUUUUCAUAAAUGACAAUGAUUCUAUAGAAAUAUUCUUAAUUAUACCAACAUGUAGUAAGGUUUCACAGUUCAGAUUAAAGUGCUUUUAGGGAAAAGAGGUUGUUUGGUUUCUUGAGUGUUGCUACAUCCAGAUUUGUUUUCCCUUAGUGCAGGUCUGGCUUUUUACCUGGUGAACUUUAACCGACUUUUGACGGUCAUAACUUGCAUCAUGUGAUUGUUAUCUCACCUGCUACAACAAUGUGUUCAUUCUGAUAUCCUACUUUGCACUGUUUCAGAUAAGACAUUCAGAAAAACAUAUUGAUAAAACAAAGGCGAGGCUGUGUGUGCCACAGCGCAUAAGUGCUUCAUUGAGACACAUUGUAGAGUUGUCAAGAGUUGUGAAAAACCAAUCAACUUUACGUUCAACUCACUUAAUAUAUCAAAUUCAAAUUUAGUGACAACUUCUAGUUUAAAAAGUAAUUCCUUGAUUGUACAAAACUCAGUUGGCCAUGUAUGAUCAAAUGUCAUGAUUUAAAUAUGUUUCAGGUGUUAAAAAAUGUUCAUGUUCAUUUACCAACUAUCUUAACUUGUAGAGCAUUUUUAGCAGAGACACAUUAUUUCUAUUGAAGUUGCCUAGGAGAUGAACCACAAGCUGAUAAAAAGUAACAGCACUAUCUUAUAAUCAGUACUUCAUGAUGCUGUGUUGGUUUAGAAAUAGUGUUGAAGCUUCUUUGAGCAUUAUUGUUUUAGUCAGCUGAUCUUCCCAAGAAAUGGUACUUUUCUUUCUUUAAUCUUUAUUUUUCCUCAGUCACGUCUAUGGUAAUGAGCUGGAUAUUCUUUAUCUGUGAUAAUCUGUUUACACUUGAUGGAAAGGUGAUUCAUGGUUUCAAAGUUUCUUUUUAAAAAAAAUACAUUUCAAAGACAUCAUGCAUGGGACCUGUCAAAUUAGUGUCUUUUUAAUGUAGUUGCAUAAACAUCGCCACAGACUCUCACUUUUUUCAUCAAUGACUUUCUGUAAUUGUUAUUUUUGAUGAAAAUUUUGAUUAAUAAAGACUCAUUAACUUAAAAGUAAGACGUUAAGUAAAGUGUCUGCAAGGUUUUGAUUCACAUGCUUAUGUUCUCAAUAGAGGUAUAUGUAUUUUUUUUUAUUGGAGAAAAGUGCAACAUAAAAGAGUAGAUUUGCUUUAUAGGAACAUAGGAAACCCACUGUAUGUGAACAAUAAAGGUGGGACUCAUAGUGUAAUUUAUGAUCCUGUACAAUAGGACAUGAAUGAGACAGCAUCACCCAGUGUUAUACAGGAGAAUCUGAUUGAUUAAAAGAACCAAUCAAUUGAUUAAAAGGUGGUGUGGCUCUGUUCUGGGACCUCCCUCCCCUUCCACAUGCAUACGUGGAAAGCCUGAGGCAGGGAAAGCACUCCUCCCUGCCUUUCCAAGUGCCAACUUGGAGAGCUUGACGAAGGGAGAUCAGUGCAAAAACCCAGCAGAGCAAGCAUAAAUGACAAUACUGGUAUUGGUAAGUCAGAACACCUGAUAGGAGGAGCUGGGGAGGAGGUGGGAUGUGAUCAGUAUGCAGAGGAAGCAGCAGAGGCAGGGAGGCGGAAGCAGAUUUAAAUUGAGUGCCCAAUAAGAUCAGCUGAUCUGGUUGUGAGACGUGGCAAUUGGCUGAAGUGAGCCUGUUCGGGAUGACCCGUCCACAUCAGCUGAUGAGCGAGAGCUGGGCAGAGCAGAUUGACUCCGUGGCCUGACUGAACUAUCGCUAUGCUUCAUUAAUGAAACAGUCAGUUGGCUGUUUAAUGUGCCGUAUUAUUUUUAAAUUGAAACAUCAGCUCAACUCAAGAGUAGCAAGAAGUUGUGGCAUUAAUCAAUUGUCAUUUGCUGUUGCUGUCCGUAGAAAGUGAAAUAUCCUUGAAUUAACUUUUAAACAGAAAUCUUUACCUUGCAAUGAGCUAUUUUUACUGGUAUGAAAUUAGGACUAGACCAGUGUUUAAGAAAGACUUCAAAUAAGAAAUGAUCUCUAUCUCCCAGAAAAACAGGAUCAACACUCAGUUGAUGUAAAAGCCUUUUAAUGUCAGAAUAAUAUGAUUAGUUUGAUAUUUUGAUUUGAGUUUAGGACUCUCUGUUUCUUCUCUUCAGGACCGCUGUGUGGCAGCUCUUGUUCGGGUGGAGAAAACAGAGUUCCUGUCUCCAGUGUUUAUCGGUGAGGUCACCCACGUCACGGCUGAGAUCACUUAUACUUCUAAGCACUCACUUGAGGUGCAGGUCAACGUCAUGGCUGAAAAUAUCCUCACAGGUGAUGUAUUUUGAUUUGAUUUUUAUCCAGUGAUUUGGUUAAAUCAGCAUGGUUUGUAGUUAAUGGCACAAGAUUAUUUUUUUAGCAAAUUGUACAACCUCUGCCUUUUAUUAUUGCUGCAGUAUAUGAAGAGUUUUAAACCUUUGUUAAAUUUAGUAUUUUUUCUCAAUCUGAUGCCUGACUUGCUCAGCAGUGUCCACCUUUAGUCUCAUUUUCACCCACAUUAGUACGGAGGAGGAAAAGACAGGCAGACAGAAAGUGGAGUUUGUGGUUUCAUUAAACUUCCACCAAGCCGUCAGAGCUGUUGAUAUGGACAAUGAUUUAAGACAUGCGUGAUGUUUGAUUGAUUGAGGAAAGGUAGAUAUCAAAUACUGAGAUCUGUACAAGGGGUCUUUUCGACGUUGAUACAUUGGUUGUUUGGUUUAGUGUUACUGGUCAUUUUUUGUAUGUGCUGAAGUUUUGUAUGACUUCUUUUCUUUCUUCGAUGUCAUCAGUCAGUUUUUUAAAAAGUCCAACUUUUUUAGUUGUGUUUCCAUGGUUGAAAUUGAAUCCCGUAUAAGUCAUCAUGUUCGCUUGAGCUCAGUUGCUGUCUGCCACGCUUGCUGUUGCGUAUGAGUGACAUUUUGUUGUAAAAGGUGUUAAUGUACGACUUCUCCAGGUCUCCAACUGAUUCUUUCUCAAAUGAUUGCAGCUUGAUAUGAUGAGGAUAAAGUUUAGUUUAGCGUCACGUAAUGUAUGGUUGGUGCAAAAUACUGCUCACAGAUUCAAACCAGCAACCGCUUCAUCUACAGAAAGGGGCAGAGCCGCCUCUUUUGCCUGUGAAGACUCCGAUCAAUAGACAUCUGUAGUAAGAUGCUGCAGAUGUUUUAUCAGUCUGUGGUGUCUAUAGUGUUCUGUUCUACACUGCAGUCUGCUGGGGGGGGAAGCAUCAAACACAAAGAUGCAAGACGUCUUAACAAACUGGUGAAAAAGGUUGGCUCUGUGGUUGGAUUCAAGUUGGACUCACUGGAGGAUGUGGUGGAGACAUCUACACUAAGGAAGGUGGAGACUAUUCUAAAGAACAUGAAUCACCCACUUCAUAACACCUUAAUAGACCAAAGGGCCAAUGGUGGUGGACGGCCCCUCUCUUUGCUGCAGGACAGAGAGAUUUAGAAGAUAUUUUGUACCAACAGCCAUCAGGCUUUAUAACUCUUAUGUAAAUAAUACAUGAGACAUGAGACUACAGACAACUAAAACUUUUUCUUUCGGGGAUCAAUAAAGUUCCUCUUAUCUUAUCUCAUCCUGCUUCAAUGACUUAAUCAUUGAAGACACUGUGCCCUUAAUUUUCAAGUUUGGCUGAUGUCCCAUCUAUUUGACCAGAGGUGGACUUAUGAUCUAUAAUGCAGCUACACACCAAGGGAAGCCCAAACAGUGUGGACAAAAAUGCAAAGAAAGACAUUCUUUUGAAUGUGUCUGAGUAGAUUUGUUUCUCAAAUCAAGUUCCAAACUGAUUUUACAGUCUGCUUUUAUCUUUAUUACCUUAAAUCAAUGUGUGCAAAGAUUUCUAUUUUUAUUUUUUAAGCUAACAGUAUAUCAUGCUGCCCUGAUUCUGGACAACACCUUUAUGUGAUGUUCCUCUUUUUGAUCAGCAGAGAGCAGCACAUGAUAAAAACUGUAGAGCUGUCAAGCCUUACAUACUGUGACAAGGGAACAGAAGCAAAGAGUCAUGUUGGUCCCCAGUAUUAAACUGUAUUCUAAGUGACCCAGUCAGUCAUUUGUGUAAAAAUGAAGAUAUAGUACAUGUUCCUGACACAGAUUUUAAUUUAAGUGUCUUUCUUCGUCUCCCUUUCUCUUUUUUUCCUGUUUUUCCUUCCCUCCCUCUCUCUCUCUCUCUCUCUCUCUCUCUCACACACACACACACACACACACACACACACACACACACACACACACACACACACACACACACACACACACACACACACACACACACACACACAGCCUCAGGUCCCUUGAGUAAAGACACAGAGAGGAUCACAUUGGGCUGACCUAGCAUUAUCUGUGAACCUUUAAAUGCCAAUGGUGAGAGUGAUGCACAGACUGUAUUAGUCCAAUGCAAAGUGCUGACAGCACUCUGUAACUGUAUGACUGUAAGUCAAAGUGAAGAAGAAUAUUUUUACAGUACACUCAAGAAUACAUGCUUUCAUAAAGACAACACAGCAUUUUAAUGCUGGUUUUAAACGAGUUAUAGUGAAAGAGGGAGUAUUCAUUGGUAUUUUACUUUCAAAACCUAACUUUUUGAUUGUUCUCAUUUGUUUAUCAUUCUGAGUUUAUAACAUACUGUUCAGCUUGCCUGUUUUAAGGCACUCUGGAAGACACAGAACAGGGGGAAGAGGGAUUAGGAUGGUCAUUAACUGACAGGCACAGACAUAAACGGCAAAUAAUAAGACAGGGAAUAAAAGAGGGAGAAAGGGUGAGAGUAGGGUAGAAAUAGAAGGGGGAUGAAUGAAAGGAGGUGCAAGAAACAAAAGAAGUAUCCCCUAGACAGUCGUUGCCCUAGCAACAGGCUUAUACUGGUUGGUUGGCUGGUUGCUGGGCUGGAAGCAGGUUGAUAGAGGCAGAGGCAGGGAUGACAGGUUGAGAGCUGGGUACAUAUAUACAGGCAUCGGCAUGGACAGCCUGCGACAGAGCGUGGUAUGUUAGGAAGGUCCAAAGAGGGGAAUCAGGAAGAGAGCUGCUGGACAGAGGACACUCACAGCAGGGUUUUCAUACAGGGAAUACCUUUUCCAAUAUUAAUCAAGAACAGAUGCAGAACCAAAAUUAGUCUUGUGAAACACUAAUUUAGUAAGUUAUGGUGUUGGUCUUUGGUAUGCUCUCAAGCUAUGUGCCCUUUACAAAGCCAUUUUAAACGUUUUUUUCUACCUCAGAGAACAUUUGUAUCACACACAUUUUCUGUAAUCACCUUGUUCCUAGCUGCCAUUAUACCUUGUGUUAUUUAUGGGUAUGACUUAUGGUAUGCUCAGCCACUGAAAAUGGAACCUGCAUUUUCAAUCGUCAUGGGUGGCUUAUCCCAAUCAUGAGAAUAAUAUUGAAAUUAAAAAAAGGGGAAAUGUGGUCUGUCACACCUUAGACAGGAUAAUGUGAUCAUUCCUCUGCAUUUACAAUCAUAGAGAGGGAGGACAGUAUUAGGAAACGGUCUCAGAUAUAACAUAUGUGCAUUAGUGUGACGGUUUGGAGUUAAACAAUAGGAAAGGGCCCAAAUGCAGAACGAAAAAAGGAUGUAUGUAAAAAAAAAAAAAAAACUAAAUAAGAAGCAACACAAACUUACUUUAAAUGUUAAAUUAAAAGAAUCCCCCCCCAAAAAAAACCUGAAGAAAAAUCCAAGGAGCAAUAAAUCACAAGGAGACACUGGCAUAGGCACACUUUGACAAACACACACAAACACACAUACAACAAAGAAACAAGGAAAGGCAAGGACUAUGUAUACACACAGGGGCUGUGUCUCAAAUCAGAGACUGCACCGUCGAACGGCGCAUUUCAAGUGUGCGUGACAACAUCACGCGGCGGCGGCGCUAACAGUGUCCCAUUUGGCUCAUGAUUCUGAGCGCGCUUCAAAUACGGUCCCAAAACCACCCUGCCCCCGCCCCCUUUUCAAGUGUGCUUUUAUGCACGCUUUCGUGGCCAUGGUAUCCCAGAAUUCUUUGCAUGCCGCUGCACAGCUGCGCAUUUCGGGUGAGAGGCCAGACUGGCUUGAAGACGCAGCGCAAAAAUAAAAGAAAUCCAAAAACACAAGACAGUCAGCUCCAUAAGCGCAUGAUCUCUGAACUCACUAUAAUCUGCAGCUGCAAACCAAACAUUAUAGUCUUUAGAAAAGAACUGAUCCACUCUGCCACCACAAUCAAAAACAUUAGAAAAAAGAAAGCCGCCAAAACUGCACCGGAGUGGGCCACAUCGAGAAGUUUUUUAAAGACUUAGAGAUUAAAGUUGUAAAUUUAGUAAAGUCAUAAAGUAAAUAAAGUCUUAAAGCUGCUUUUGUGGAGGGGGAAAUGACUGAACUGGUCAAUUGCAGGGUUAUCGGUGCAUGUAUCAGCGGGUCAUUCAGAGAGUUUCUGUGGUUUUUCAAGAAACAAUCCAACUGAUGAUCAACAUUUGUGAUCCAGAGGGAGCCAAGCUCCAAUGAGCACCCCGUCUUUGACACCGGCGGUAACCUACACCUGCAGAGACACCAACACCUUAUUAUGGCAUAUGGAUUCAUAUCAUAAACUAAAGCUCAAUGUCAUUCACGGCUAUUUACGGCUAUAUUGAUGUCCACCUGUUUUGUUUUGUUUUUUCGUGGAAAAGACGUAUUUCUCAUAUAUUCUUUUUAAAGUCCUUAUACUUAUGACAAUGUAAUGCUAAUGUGCCAAAGGAUGAAGUUUCUCCUUGUUUGUGAAACCUAUACUAGAGCACAGUUCCCUUAAAUGCUUCAUGGCCCCAAUUUUAACAACUCUCCUUUGAAAUAACGGGUAACCUUAUGACUUAGUCCUCAUAAAUUAACGAAUUUAUUCUUGUAAAUUCACGACUUAAAUCUCAAAGUCUUUAAAAAAAAAUUCUCAAUAUGGCCUUCAUACUCCUUCAUACAAAACAAUCAUUGGAAGAAUUUUGUGGAAAUGAUCUGUGCUUGUAUGUAUCUAUUGUUUUGUGUCUGUGCAAGGUCGCACAAUUAAAAAAUAACUGCUGCACUCAGUGGUCUCUGAAUUUAGACACAGCCAAGGAAACGAGCAACGAGAGGCAGGUGAGACACUGAGACACAGGUGCAGAUAAUUACAGAGGAGGGAAAACUGAGGAAGUAAAACAGGACUAGAAACACAGGGAAUAAACUACUUCAAAAUAAAACAAGAAAUAAAACAGGAAACACUAAAAGCUGACAUAAAGAAUAAAACAGUGAAAACAUGAGGGAAACGGGGUCAGACACAAACUGAAAACUCACGAGACAAGACUACAGAGGAACAGGAACAAUGGGGAACAGAGACACAAGGGAAAAUCAUAAAGAAAACACACUCAGAUAAUCAAAACCUGGGGGAAACUAAAUACCAGAACAUAUCUUGACACUUAGUAUAUUAAAGCUCCUUUAGCUGCUCACUUAUUGCAGACUGCAAAGCAAUAAACAGCCCUGAAGCAUAUCACUAUUAACAUGGCAAUAUUAUCUCACUCUCACCAAGUCUACCUAAAUGUUGCUAAACAGCUCUCAAUAACCAAGGCAUGAGACAUCAUUUUAGCUGCUGCUUAAAUGCUUGUGCUGUGUUGAGAAGGCUAUUUGCUUUUGUGUGCAUGUUCUUCAGCUGUAGUUUGUGAAACAUCAGGAAAUAGAGUUUUUCUUCUCACAAUUAGUUGUGAUCAUAACCUGCAAUUCUCCUGCAAAUAACAUUAACUAAUGCCAGUCACACCCAUUUGUAUUUCCCCUCUGCAAGUAAGCAAUGAAACUUGACCAUUAAUCAUAAGGACAAUCUUUUUUUGUCAAAGAUACAUGGUUUAAGUCAAACCAACAACUCGCUUCCUGCAACACUUACCCCCUGACGUGGGUUUCAGACAUCCCAAUAUAAAUUAGUCACUGCAGUUGCUGAUUAUCUUGUUUGCUAUUGUAGAUCAUAAAAAGGCAUCAAAUAGAAUUUCAGUCAAAUUCAUAAACAUAAAAAACACCUCACAGAAGCUUUAAUAAUGUUUGACAUAUGUUGGAAAAUAAAGCAAUAUUAUCUGGACUGAAGGUGAAUUCUUUUCAAAAUAAUCACCAUUUUGGUUGACCACUAUGGCUCGCUGAGAAUACCGUUUUAUGUCUACAGGUAACUCCACCCCAUUGUCAUUUCAUUUUCCUUGUCAGCACCCUCAUGAAUAAAGUGGAUAAAAAAAUAUGUCAUGUAAAUAUUGUACAAUGAAGUCAAAACAAAGGCCACCACCAUCACCCUAAUCCACAGUGCUAUAAUAUGUGUUUGGAUCAGAGAUGUGAAGAGUUAUGUCAGCAUUUUUUGUGCAGUUUAAAGUUAAGGACUGCACAACCAUGCAUUACUAAACCAAAGGAAACAAAUGAGCUGUUCUGAAAGUGUUUGCUUAGGGCAAAAUCAGAGAUGGUUUUGCCUAUACGAGCAUAGUUGCAGUUCGUGGAGAGAGCAGGUUGUGAGAUGAAUUUCUCUGGCAACCCAAACUUUGUAUGAAGCCUGCAGAGGAAGACAUGAAAAAAAAACCUGCUAAUUUUAGAGCCCAAAUUAUAAAUACAAACUCAUCUGUAAUUUGUUACAUGUCAGUCUAUGAGUUUGGAAGUAUAAUAUAGAGCGACCUCUUUCAAACUGUUGGUGAAAAAUGGAUAGAAAUAUCUGUCUUGAUAGUUUAUUUCCUGGUGUUUAGUAGAAUGAGAAGACAAGUUUAAGUCCUCAGAUACAAAAUACAGGGCAAAAAGAGCAGGAGGAGGUGUGGUGGUCAUUUAGGUCAGAGCUGUAGGAAGUAGGUCAUAUGUGUGCAAAUGUAUGUAGUUGUGCACUUGUUUGUGUAAUUUUGAGCCGGCAUGGCUGUUUUUAUCUUAACUUAUGAAUGUCCAUUUGUUGUCAUGGAUUUUUGUUUCAUGUCCAAGCUUCAAAAAGAUUUUCCACAUUUUAAUGGACAAAAAGUGUGAGUGCAUGAUGGGUUGGUGCAUGUUUAAAAAAUGUUGGAUUUUUGUGAGAGGUGAUGAAUAUAAUCUUGCGUGAAAAAAGGCAACAUUAGCUUAUUGUGUUGCACUCGGUGUUUGAAAAUUCAUUGAUUUAUAGAUUCUCGUUUGUGGGUAUAUGUGUACCACUGUAAAGGCACACUGGCUACUCAUCAGUGUCGUAUUCAUGCCUAUAUGUGUGCAGGUUUGUGUGUGUGAUUUCGUAGUGUUUGGCCCUUUAAAAGGUUCUUGUGGGGCCGAGGGGGAAGAGAAGAUAACGGGAGCAGACAUUAUUUGCUUCUGUCAUGUCGGCUUAGCAUCAGGCCUCACACACUGUGGCCUAGUCAGACACAGAUGCCAAGUAGAUGUACCUGCACACAUGCUCCAACACCAGCCAUACAUCCAAAACACACUAACACAAACAUGCUAUAGAGGAGGGACACUCUGAGUCCAUGUGGAGUCUGUGCAGAUAGAGUCACACUGCGUCAAACACUCCCCAUCUUGCUAAAAGAAGCCUCAUACUGAAUGGUUUGGCAUUGGUUUGAACAGGAAUUUAGAAGCAGAACUGUCACUCUUUUGUUGUUGUCGAGCUUUUAAGCUUUUCAUAAAAAUAUGGAUGAACCCUAGUGUAUACUGAAAGAGCUGCAUUUGUCAUGCUUCUUGUUGCAGUGUUGUGAGAACCUCAUACCACAGUCAGUGUAUCACACUCAGUUUGCAUUCAUUUUUGUAUUUAUGUGUUCAUUUUUAUUCUGUGUGUGUGUGUGUGUGUGUGUGUGUGUGUGUGUGUGUGUGUGUGUGUGUGUGUGUGUGUGUGUGUGCUGGGGGAGGAGGCAAGAAUCCAGGUUCCACAGUCAGUCAGGCAGCAUCUCGUCAGGCAGGCCUCAGUCACGGCCCCCCCGGGGGAAGGCUGCCUACUGUGGGCACGAGCCGUGAUGAUUGUUCCCGCUGGGGAGAUUGCACAUGCGCGCUAAAACAUGCACACAUGCACGCUCAAGCAUGAACACACACACACAUACACAUUGGCACAUGCCGAUUUGCAUAAACCAAGUAUGUAAACACAUGCAGUCACAUCCAUACCCUCCCCCCCACACACACAUGAAAAAAGCAUGUGACAUUUCCACGCUUAAAAAAGUCUCAACAUCAGUAUAUUAGUGCACACAGGUUUUGCACAGCAACUUAAAACAUGCAUGUAUGCCUAAGUCCAGCGUAGAUAAUAAAGCUUGUUUUAUAUAUUUUCAGGCACAUAUUUGUAUAGAGACGGCAUACAUAGAUCCUGCCCCUUUAACGUACGCAUGCACGCGUGCACGAACGCAUGCAUGCACGCACGCAUGCAUGCACAUACACACACACAGCUGAAAGCAAUGUGUUGUGAAUUGAGGCUUAAAAUAAUCAUGAAAGUUCCUGCCAUGAUCUCUGUGUUUUACACAACUGCAUGUACUCAGAGUGUUACAGGCACAUAAAGACAACAACAUCAGUAACCUCUUAUUUAAUAUAUUGCUUUCUUUUAACCAACAUCUGAUGCAGGGCCAAUAAGAUGAUUUGUUUAAAUGAUUUAAAAUCGACCAAAUCUAUUUUAAACAAUGAAUAAAAGAUGAAAGUAAAAAACCUGGAGGCUUGCUUGACUUUUGGAGCAUACAAGAAUUUCCCAAGGGCAGAACUGAGGCCUUUAACAGUGCAAACAAACACUACAGCAGGAAGGUCAUUUUAGUACAGCAGAAACUGUUUUUGUUGCAGCUGUUUGCUCAACAGUUUGAUCCUUUAGUUCAGAAUUUAGCUUGACUAGAGAGGCCCUCGUAGCACCACUGAUCAGUGACUAGUACAGAUGAUUUUUACCUUAAUGCUUCAUGUAGUUUUGAAUAAUCUGUUUCUGUCAAAAUGACUUGUCCCAAAACUCCUGGCAUCAUUUCAUCUUUUCCUAUUGGACAGAAACAUCCCACAGCAGGAUUGUAGUCUACUUAAAAGCAAUGGUGUCUUGGCUCAGCACAAUGGAAAAUCUGUGGUUUUGAUCAUGGGGAUCAGUCAGAACAAUCCUUGCUGCAUUGUCAUUGCACAAGGAACAAUCUGUUCAGGAAAGAGAAAAGAAAACAGUUUUUUUUCUGCUCAGAGGAAGAAGAAUGAAGGGUUUUUGGGGAGUGCCAAAGUGGAGAGCAAAGGUUUGAGUGUGUAAAAUAUAAUGAUAAAUCAAGGAAAACUGCUUGAGGUGAAAGAAAUAAGGGAGCGGUGAGCAGCAAGAGGGAGAUUAAAGUAAAAUGAAGAGGAAGAAAAGAAUAGUAAAAAUCAGUGUGGUGCAGACUGGUUUGAAGGACUUGUCAGUAGUCUUUUGAAUAGGGAUUGAUGCCUGUAAGGAGGGAAAAAGAAAAUGGAUAUGUUGCUGGAAGAAUCUCUUCGUAGUUCUUGCACUGAUGUAAAUACUCAAAUCAGUGCUCACCAGGGAUCUGAUUUGAUCACAACACAGCACAGUCUUCACUGGCUAGCAAACAGUUAGAAGAAAUGAACCUGUAUGUGUUUUUAAAGCCACAUGAUUAUUGUUAUCAUGCUUUCUCUUUGUUGUAAUGCCAUAUCAACCAUAUUUUUUCAUGUAGUUUAUUAUACUUGAAACACCGGUGGGCACUGUGCCAUGGUGUGUGGACAAGCAAAUGGGUGCACAGAUUUUUGGAUUUCAUCUUUAAGGUUGAUCCAGCCAAAAUCAUCCUGCAUCCUUGCUAAUUCUUUAGUGCUAACUAAGUAAGCCAGCUGUCCCUGCUGCUCCUCUGGACCCUGCCUUAAGGACUGAAUUUUGUUUUCUGACUGAUCAAAGAUUUAUUUUCUUGGUACAUCUUCAAGCACUUUUUGGUUAGAUAGGAUAAAAUAUUUGGGAAAAUAUAAGUAGUAGUGAUAUAGAUGAUUUUAAAUGGCAAUUGUCAGUCUGAAGUUGGCUUUCUGAAUAUAGUGGGUGACAGUACUGUAUUUGCAUUGGGGUGUGAUAUUUAAUUAAGAUAUACAUACUUUGCAGUUCAGGGGAAGACAUGGGCUUACGAUGAAAUUAUCUCCAUUUAACACAGAUGAAGUAGAAAAGGUGGUUCUGGUUACAUUCUGGUCAAAAAGGUCAAUACCUGGAUUGAGGAUGGCUCUCCCCUCCUUUCUAAUUCACUCCCCCCUUCCACUUCCACCCUCCAACCUCAACAAAGUUCAAUUAAAAGGUCCAGCAGGAGCUAAUAAUAGACCAGGGUCGCUCAGUCUUGGUAGAGUCAAGGAUAUGUAAGUGUGCCUUUUUUCUCUCUCCAACUUCCUGGUUGCUGGCAAGGGCUGGAGCCAAUGUGAGGAGGAGGAUGGAAGCAUGGUUGGCAUGGCAACUUGACCUGGCUGUAUGCACGGUUUCAACUUGGGUGUCAAAUGCAAAUGUUACUCCCAAGAGUAGCCUGCCAUAGGCCAAAGCUCCCACUCAUUUUUCUCAAUGCUCCAUUUUCUUCUGUAAAGUCUGCUCACUGUUUACCAAUUAUCACAGCCCCCACAGUCAUGUCACAGUUGUCCAUUUUCAUUAAAACUAUUUAAUUUUAGAGAUUCCACCUUUACAUAUGUGCAGCUUUAAAUUUCUAUGUAAGGGAAGCUGAAAUCUGGGCAAAGGAACAGUAGAGGAAAACAUUUCUGUCAAUGAUAAAAAGAGAAAUUUUAAUUUCUGUUGCAUCAGUUAAAUGAUGUCAAAUAUAAGCCUCUUUGGGCCUUACAAGACCAUUAAGCUCAUCAGACGUACAGCUCUAAGUAGUAGUCUUAAACACUCAAACAGUAAUUUCAUUUGAACCUGCUGGCCCUGUGCUGUCUUUAGUCUGUGCGCCUCCCUUGUGUACCUUAACAACACAGCCUCAAAAUAGCCCCACUCUCUGUUAGCAAAUUAAGAGAAAAAGUGUAGGCAGCAUAGAAUGGAUAUCACCAUGGCAACCUCUCUGCCUGAUUGCUAUGAGAUGUGAUUUCUUCAAGUUUUAUGUUGUAAACUUUCUAAAGUAGGGAGGAGUUAGUGCUACAGCUUACUAACCAAGUAUUUCAUGCACUACAUGGAAGUACGAGACAACAUAUUUAUUACUGUUUUUCACACAGGAGCUACAUAUACUCAACUCAUUGAUGCUGGAGAUGAUUUUGUUUCAAAGGGAGAGGGAAGCACACAUUCCUGGCAUAUAUUCUUAACACAUUUUUUUCACUGAAAUAAAAAAAGGACUAUCCAGAAAAAUGAUGAUUAAACUAUUAAUAUACACAUAAUGUAUAACAACAACAUGAAAACUCAGAAAAUUCAGGAUAAAGACAUGAUCUUGCAAUGGUGAAAACCAACAUGUGUCCAACGUGUGUCAUCUUUAAAGAAAGAAACUCAUUAUUUUCUGCUCCUUUUUUGUUGAAGAAAGUGUCUUUAGAAAUCUAUUGACUUUUAUUGGGGUGUUCAUAUUUGAAUGCUUUCAUUGGAUUUUGACAUAUUUCACACACGCACGCACACACACAACAAAAUGAUAAUAAAAUAUAACAAGAUAAAAUAAAUUGCAUUAUAAAAAAAAACAAAAACAAAUUAACAGUUAACUAUCAGAUAUUUCGGGAACAAAUCAUCACUUAUAACAAGGCAGAAAAACAAGCAAGAUAGCAGCAUUUUUCAAAAUUAAUCACAGACAAUCACAAUAACCCAAAAAUCCUCUUUUCAACCACUGACCAAUUAACCAACCCUGUUUUUAACCAACCUUUUUGCUCUGAUUUUUUUAUGUGAAGACCUUGCACUCCACUUCAGAAGUAAAAUUGAUUCUAUCAGGUCAAAAUUUGUAAACCGUAAUCUUGUUAAUUUGAACUCUUUUGACCUCUUGAAUGAGGAAACUGGAGAGGUUUGUCCUGGUUGAUGCUGCAAGGCUUGAAAAGGUUGUCUUGCAGCUUAGAUCAGCGACAUGUGUUUUAGACCCUAUUCCUAUAUCCCUUUUUAAAACCUCUUUUAGUAAUUUUAAAGAUGAUCUAAUCAAUAUUGUCAAUUAUUCUCUUCAGACAGGGGUCUUCCCCACUGCUUUCAAGACAGCCUGUGUCAGACCCCUUCUGAAGAGAAACAACUUGGAUUAUCAGCAAUACCUGAUAAUUACAAACCUGUAUCCAACCUGCCAUUUAAGCAAAAUUUUAGAAAAGAUUGUAUUUAACCAGUUGAAUGAUUUUAUGACUUUUAAAUAUAUCCAUGAAAUAUUUCUAUCUGGUUUUAAAAAAAAAAAUCACAGUACAGAGACAGCACUGGUCAAAACUGUAAGUGACCUCAGGUCCAACAAAUCUCUGUUUUAGUUCUGUUGGACCUGAGUGGAACAUCUCCAGAGUGCGCCAGUUUCUUUCUCAAGGCAAUGCAGAGACUCUUAUUUAUGCUUUUAUCACCUGUAGAAUUGACUUUUGCAAUGCUCUUCUCUCUGGUCUUCCUAAAAAGAACAUUUCACAGCUUCAGCUCCUACAAAAUUCUGCUGCACGCAUGCUGACGAAGACCAGGAGGAGAGCCCACAUCAUGCCAAUUUUAAAAUAUCUGCAUUGGUUACCUGUGUCUUUUAGAGAAGAUAUUAAGGUUCUUUUAGUAGUUUUUAAAGCUCUUAAUGGUCUUGGUUCUUCUUAUUUAUCUAAUUUGCUUUUACCAUAUGAGCCUAGUAGAGCCCUCAGGUCCUCAGGUAGUUGUCUUUUAAUUGUUCCCAAAGUAAAAACCUGCUAAAACAUAUGGUGAAUCAUUGGUCCUUCAUUUUUUUUCAACUUAAGAUUGUGUUUUCUCAGUCAUCUGUGGCAAGUUGAAGAGUCCUCACCUGGUCUUUUGCGUAUGUAUCUGUGUGUGUGAGCGUGUGAGUGCUGUAAUGGGGGAGGGUGGGUGGGGUUUGGUAUUUGUAUUUAUUUUAUUUUAUUGUUUUUAAUAUCCUGCUUGAGUGGACAGCACUUUGUGCUACAUUAAAGAGAGAGUGUGAAGGAUGCCCUCUGCAGCGUUUACAGCGACACUUGUUGAGGGGCUGCCUUCUGUCGCCAUCAUGUGGCAUUACUGUCUUCAGACAUCUCUUGAUCUCUUCAUGAAAAUAGUAAUAUGCCUCGCCGGUGGUGGAUUUAAAGGCGAGGAGAGGAGCUGAUGUUAUUGGUCAAUACAGGUCUCGGCUGUGUUAAAUCCACUCCACGCCCUCUCUCCUCCCUCGCUACGACUUAUGCCACCGGGAGGAGCUGAGUUAAGCUUUCUGAACUUUCUUUCUGAGCCCUGAGUUAUAUGUCUUAGCUGUUCUACCCUGAGAUGAGCCACCAUGUGCAUCACCCAUUGCUUAUGGGAAGGUGGUCCCACACUGUGGUGAUGGAGGUAAAGACCUUGUCCCAAAAGUCCUUUGGCCUUGAACAGGCCCAAAACAUCUGGCUAAGGGUGCCCAGGUCACAUUUACACUUAUGGCUGUUUUCGCUGGUUCCUGGAAACAGUUUGGCAAGCCUGCUAUUUGAUAGAUGAAGUCUGUGUAGUACUUCAAGUCGGAGGAUUCCAUGUCUGAUACAACAAGAUGGGUUACGCACCCAGCCAACUGCCCUCCUCCAUUCUGUUACAGAAGGACCAAAGCCCAGUUUUGCUUUCCACAGCAUGACAUAAAGUUGCCUUCUCUGAAUAACCAAGAUAACAUGAAUGUUAUCAUCCCUGACCAAGCCUACAUGUUUUGCCAAGCUGAAAAGUUGUGUCACUAAGGGAUGGUGGGAAGAGAGCAUUUGCUGAGAUGGGGGCUAACAAAAGGCCCUGUUUGUACCCAAAAUGGAUACUUCUGCUAUGGGGCUGUAUGAGAGCUGCUCCAUGAUUGCCCAAAGGGGCAUUUGUCCCCCCUCAGACAGCUUGUUUGGGUGUUAAUGAAUUUAUAUUUGUCAAUAGCAAUUUGAAAAUUACUUGCUUUACUGUAAUCUUACUUUAAAGACUUUUCAAAAUAUCAUUUUAGUUGAUUAACUGUCAUAAAUAAGAAGGACAUUUUCCUUGGUACAAGAUUAAACCUUUUCUCUCUUUCUGCAGGGGCUAAGAAGCUAGCCAACAAGGCGGCGCUGUGGUACGUCCCCUUCUCUUUGCAGAAUGUUGAGAAGAUCAUGGAGGUUCCACCUAUAAAGGUGAAUGGAAGCCAGGUUACUCUGACAUUCAUGAACGGUGUUUGGCAUUUUACCUGUCAGUCUUUUUCUGAUGGCCGAAUGUCUUCCUCCAUUACUGGAAUGACAGAAGCAGAAUCCAUGACAAAGGCCAUUUGGUCAAGGUUAAAUUAUUGACAUUUAACGGACUAAAAAUGUCAGUCUCACUAGACUCAGGUGUUUGUCUUGUCUUGUCAUACAGUGUGGUAGAAUCCUUUGCAACCCAUUCACUCAUGAUGAGGCGCGUGAAUCAAUGUGUUCGCCUUUCCAUGUGUUAACAUAAACAUUCUGCCUGUAGUACACCAGUGCAGAGCAAGAGGAGGAGGGAAGGAAGCGUUAUGAGGCCCAGAAGCAUGAGAGACAGGAGACCAAGGCGAGGACUGAAGAGGUGGUGCCUCCUCUGCCAAACCCAGGUAACACCCAAAUGUCUCAAAUCACAUCUCUGUAAGCUGUUAACAUAAGCUUUCUGAGGUGUUGUUUCCACCUUCCACUUCACACCAGUACAAUGCACGAACUCAUCUGAAUAUAAAUCUAUGUCUAUUUUUCUACAAUCACUGAGCAAAAUCUGAAGUAUGUGUUGUAAUAAGAGAACAUUCAUGUUAUCACUCCAUGUUCAGUGUCAGUACAGUUGUUUCCAAAGCUGUAUCAUCUACUACUCAGUGCUGUGAUAACGGCUUGCAGCAUGAAGCCAAAUGUCAAAAUCCUUAUCUUUGUUAGACAUUUUUAUAUUGGUAGGCUAGUUUUGAUCAUUGUUGAAUAUACCUGAAUGUUUGUGUUCAGUGUUGUGCUAGUUACUGAAAAAUAGUAAUUAGUUACAGUUACUUUGUAAAAAAAAGUAACUAAGUAACUAAGUUAGUAACUUAGUUACUGAAACCAAAAAGUAAUGCAUUACUGAGAAAGUAACUAUUUAGUUACUGUAAAACGUUCCUCCAAUGCUCCCUUAACAUAAAGAUGGACUGUUUGAGUUCCCCUCUAGCCGUCAUUUUAGUUCUGUACUGAUGAUGAAUAAAACAAGCUGUUGAUUAAAACAACCAUUUAAAUUAAUUUGCAUUCACAUCAGUGAAUCAAAUCAUCCAAGCAGUAUGAUCCGUUGUGCACCAACACAACUUGACACGAACACCGAAGUUUUACCAUUGGUUAAAACAUUCGCUAUAAAAGAUCCAAAUAGACGUGCUCGUGUGUGUGCUCGCUGCCAUGACUCUCGGUCGCAGAUACUAUGUCACCUUAUGCUGCGUUCAAGUUACCUUGGAAGUCAGAUGUCAGAGCUGAAAAUGAUGUCACACCCAUGUUCCAACAGCAUUUCAGUUACCAAGUCAGACAAAGCAAAAUCGAAGGCCUGAAACAAGAUGGCUACAUCUACGCAAGUUAGUUUAGCGCUUGCCUUAUAUUUGGACAAUAAAUUUCCCCGGUACUAAUAACGUGUUACUACCCAACUAGUAACUGUGUUAGAGAGUCAGGUAAAUUAGAUUUUUCUCGUUUCACACUAAAGCACAAAUAUUUAAUUUGAUGUGUUGUUUUGAAAAAAAAACCCAAGUUUGAUCAAUGGUUGUCUAUGGAGUAAUUGAAAGACCCUUUUAGUACAUACAGUUAUAAACAUACAGUUGCACUAGCACUUAUGUCACGGUCAUUAGUGAAGUCUUCAGGCAGAACUUAGGAGUCUCUUUACAUGUUGAUCAGUAGAUAAUUUACCAUCAUGUUAUUAAGAUUGUUAAUCAAUACUCUAAUUUUGUCAUGCUCACUCAACCCCAGAGGACCCACCAAAAGGUAUGUUAAUUAAGCUAUGUGUCAGAAUAGUGUCUAUUGUGGGGCAGCUUUGUUUUUUGGUUCAUUCUGGGUGGAAAUACACUCAAAGGUAUUUCUUCUUACAGUUUUUUUUUCUCGUGUGCUUGUGCAUUUAUCUAUUCUUAAUGCAGAACGACACACAAUUGGCUUCAGUCAGUCCAGUCUGAUCCAUUUGGUGGGACCCUCUGACUGUACACUACAUGACUAUGUCCAAGGCGGUGAGUCUGUCUUUUUCUGUUUUAUUUGCAGAUUGUAUGUUGUGCAGAUUGAAUCUAGUCCUGGUUCAUUACACAGAUUUUAAGUAAUAACAGUAACAGCUGAUUAUCUGAAUUGAUGCCAGAAUGAUGUGGAGUCUGUUCCAGUCCAUCAAUAACACUGACCAAAAAAUGUUGGAUUUACCAUGUGCAUUUAAGCAUUUCUUUUGAAAUGGAUGAAAUACAGUGGGAGUAGUCACUCACACUGAGUGGGGUACAGUAUGUUUGGGUUGCAGAUUGCGUAAAUUAGCCAACUUUUAUCUGUUAGCUCUUGAUGGAGAUUUUUUCUUUUGGUUCAGUGUUGGUUAAAAAGAUGACAUUGUGAAAAUCAUAAAAUCAUAAAAGAGUGUUUAAAAAAAGCUGAAUAUUAAUCAAAGAGGGUGUCAUUCUUUAUCAAUACAUCAAUCCAAACUGUAUUUGCAUUCAGACUUUCCUGGAAGAGGCCACUGCUCCAUCACAUGUCAGCAUGCGUUCCAUAAAUUGUCAUGAACAGCAAAGCUGAAGUGCAGCAAACUUACAGCUGCAUAUAGACAGUAUGUAGCCUCUUGAAAAUGCAAAUGUUACUGUUAUAUACAAAGGAAAAGGUUUAAAGGGAGAAAUCCUCAGUGACAAAUUCUAUAAUACAGUGCUGGAAGCUGUUGGUUUAUGUUGGAACCCAGAUUGCCCUCUAAAUACCUGUCGGAUCUCAAUGUCAUUCUUGCACAUGUGAAACAAAGAACUCAUGAACAGCAUCAGACUAUUUAGUAUUCAAGGCAUGGAACAUGCUGACCAUACACAGCUUGAGUACAACAUGGAAACACUGCAGGAGAGAGAGGAAACAGAUAUACUUACAGCAGAGAACAUACAGUAUAUAGAAAAAGGUAUACCAACACUGGGGAUUUGGUAGAAGGAGAAAAAAGACCUUUGAACAUAAAGAUUGAAGUAGGAAAGAAGAAAGUGCUACGAGUAAAUAAAAAAUAUUAACAAAGAGAUCAAGCCUUUUAUAAAUUGACUUGUCUAUGUUAUUACUAUUAUUCAGCCUCCAAAUGUCUCCUUAUGCUUUUCUAAAAAGGUGCCUUCCUUUCAGUUCAGCAUAAACCCUUGGCUCCAUAUCGGUACAGUGUGUCCUGUGGCAACACAGGCAAGCAGAGAGGAAGAAGUACUGCUGAAUUUAAUCCAAAGUGAAACGUCCAUGAGAAAUAAUUUCAUAGCUUUUAGUUGCUAUGUUGUCCCCUUUAAUUUGAUGGACAAGGGAUGUCAGAACAGAAAAAUGUUAGGUUGAACAAUGCACAGAUAUUUUUCUAAGUGAGCAUGAUUUCUUGUGGUUGUGGAAAGUGAUUAUCCUAAAUAUAUCAGAGUAUGUGUGAGCACUACCUUGUUACUGAAAUAAGGGCUUGGGCCAUUGUAGUUGUUGCUCUGACAUAGCACUCUUGGCUGUCAAGAAUAUUUACUGAAGGUAGAGAACCAUAGAGUGUAAAACUACAAGAUUGGCUGUUCUUGACUAAACCAUUGCAACAUCACCCAGUUGUUGUUUUUUUAGACUGCUAUUAUAAAGCUUACUGCAUUAUGACCAUCACCAGUAAGGUUUAUUUAUUUAUUGUUUUGGGAGGGCAACACAUUAAAGCUGACAAACACAUCUUCUCCCUCACAAUGAUUUGCUUUGUUGGAGUAAAAGACCAGAGGGUUAUAUAACUCAAAUAAAAGAGCUUAAGUAGCUUAUGGAACAUUGCAAACUAGCGCUUGCUUGCACUCUUUUUAUAUUAGACGUGAACCAGUGUUUGAAUGAAGAGAACCGGGUUCGUAAGAACUACUCUCUUCAUCUGUUUUUUUCUGCUGGAAGAAGACAGCUGUCAUGAACAGGCUUUUAAAAGAGGGCCCCAAAUGCAGGACACACAAGACUAGUUCUCAAAGAGAAAAUCAGGUUUAUCCAGUCCAGGAUUUGGUACACAGCAAGCAAUCAGCACAGGCAGAGGUAUCCAGAACAAGAAGCAAAAAGCAGAGUCAAAAAACUAUCGAGGUCGAGAUCAAAAAGACUAUGAAUACAAAGAAUGCUGGAACGUGACUGUGAGGUACAACAAACUGGACAAACGAGACAGUGAGAGACAUGAGGUCAAAUACAAGAGGUAAUGAUGGAGAUGGGGAACAAAUGAAAAAUAUAAAGUCUUUCUAACAGGACAUUGAAUGCACCUGUCUUUUGACCUUGCUGGAUUCCUGAGCAGGACAAUUCAAUUAUCUUUACACAAGGGUUUUUAUUAUUUGGAAAGUGCUUACAAAAGAGGCACCGAGGAGCUUCCUGCUUGCCAAGGGAUGAGGCUUUUUCUUCUGCUCAUGUUCACAAAAGCACUUCAGUUGAAGUAUGUGCAUUAAAAAAACUCAUAUAUACAGUAUAUUAGCUUUUUGAAAGUCAGAAGCUUUUGUGGUAUUUUUCUCCAACUGCUCUGUCCCCUUCAAUCCAGAUUAUGAGUUUGGAAGGUAAAAAUUGCAAAACACAGAGCAAACAGUAAAGAAAGUAGUAAACUUGGAAUAAUUGGGAGAUAAAACAAUUUGUUCAAUGAGCGUAUUAAAUGGUUCAGCCAUCCUUGACCAGAAGUGAACUAUUUUAAACAACAACCAAAAAAAAAAAACUGCUAAUGUCAUCUGGAAAUUAUUUUUGUGGCAUCUGUAACGAAACAUUUUAUCAGCGUAGAACAAAUUCUUAUUAUCAGCUGAGGUAAAUUGUUUCUGGCAGAUUAUUUCUGCUUCCUGCUGCCAUUUCCAUCAAGGUCAGCUAUGUAAAGGGACAAUCAGAGAGACACAUCAGAUAGUGAGGAGUGGAGCAGAGGGCAGAAGUUGACUCAGAAAGAGACGCAUUGAGACGGAGACUGGACAGGACAGCGGGGUGGGAGGAGGGAGAGGGCGGGACAAAUAAGUAUCGUCUGUGCCGUGGCUGCUUUUUUAAUUUGGAGAUCUUGCUGAGAAACCUGUCUAAUGAAAAAUAAAAUGUGGAACAAGCAUGCAGGUCAUCUUAAAUACACACACAAACACGCACACACACACACACACACACACACACACACACACACACACACACACACACACACACACACACACACACACACACACUGAAACUGUCUCUCCAUACAUGCCAUUGCUCAUUAGGCAACAUUCCCUGUUGUUGCUUCUGCUUUCACCACACUUAUUAUGUUUACAUAAUGAAGUCAGGUUGGGCAGCCACAGUGUUCACUCUCUUCUUUUCCCCUACUGAGUCUUACUCCCUCCUGACCCCACUUUCCCCACUCUCUUGUCAGUUGAAAGCAAACUUUCUUCUGCAUGUCAACUACAGCUUUUACUCUUACAGUAUGUCUUUGGUUAUAUGGUGUGAUAAAGUGGCCUACUUAGCUUGAGCCUGAGGAGACAUACAGCACAUGUGAGAACACAUGAGCAAGAACACCCAUGCAUGCAUGCAUGUUCAGAUUGUGACUAGAGACAGAGAAUGUCUGUUUACCUUGGAUACAUUUCUUAGUUAUUUCUAUUCAAACCACAAGCUCUUAAUGUCUCAUUGAAUACUCUCUUUAUGAAUGCCGACUGAUUGAUGGCAGAUGUGAGUAGCAGAGCCAAGAGUAUCUGUUGUGAAUUGACUGCUCAUUGGGUUUAAAGCAUUUCUUGAUUAAUACCCUGAAUGUUCCUAUGUCAGAUACUGUGGAGUAAUGGCUUGUGAGUCUGGGUUUUAAAUGACUGUCCACAUGCUAAACAAAACGCUGGGAAUUUCCAAACACUGCAGAAGAUCAGAGUUCGAAACUUCUUGGAAGCCCAUUAACUCAUGGUCCUUUUUCUCUUCUCUUCUUUAUUGCGUCUUCUCUCCCAUCAGCCCGCCUCUCAUCAUUAUCUCUUCCUCUUUCUCCAUCGCUUCCUUCUACCCUCGACCCUUUUUUCAUGUUCUGAAGAAGCAAACCACCUGUUCCCAUGGAAACAGCAGUUGAUUGCCACAGGUGGACCAUACUGUGGUCUGAUUAAGAUACAUAAAUAUAAUGAAGAAAAAAAUAACAAUUGUGUGACAUGUUUAGUUACUUCUUGUAUGUACAGCCCACUAAUGGCCCUCUUAUGAGCAGAAUAUUUGUAGAGUUUUUUUUUUUUUAAAGAAAUUGACCAGUGGUUGACCUCGCUGUUCUUUUGCUUUGUAAACAUGUGUGAAGCCUCAGCAUUUGGUUUUUAUGAUUGUAUGUGCUGACAGAAGUGUUCCAUGCACAGAUGGACUGUGUGUGUGUGUGAGAGAGAGAGACAGAGAGAGAGAGUAGGGGAGACCAGGGUUUGCUGUCACAUGGGUAAGUUGUCACAUUGCAAUUUUCUUUGCCACUAGAGGGCGCAACUAAAAAGUGAAAUACUAGUUUUCUUCCUUUACAUGGUCAAAAAAUAACAUAUAUUAAAAUAAGCUUCUUCCAGAUAAAAAUCCUUGCAGUGAUACAUGUGGACUUGUUAGAGGAGCGAUUAAGGCAUCUUGUCAUAGCUCUGUCAUUGUUCUAAGAUAACUUUAAGCUAGAGCUAGAAUUAGCAAACAUGGUAGUUUGGGGCAACUUGUCUCAGUCAUUUUGUGGUUUGUGCCCCGGUCUCCCCUACAUUUGAUUACCUUGAAUUACUCUUCCUCCCUUUAAUCGAGCAUUGAUUCAGAAAUGAAAUACUGACCAGACACUUCUGGAGCGCUUCCCCUUUUAUACUGAACUCUAAAUGUAGUUAAAAAACAUAAACAAUAUCAACAUCUUGUAAAAAUACUUAAUGCAAUAAAAAACAGUAAUAGGAAUAAGCGAGUGGAAUUUUUUUUAUUGUUUAUAUAAAAGUUAUAGACAAUAAAAUAAGUCAAUACUACAUUUGAUUUAGUUUGGUGUAGCACUACUUAUUGUUUAUUUUGUGAUGAUGGCCCACUCAAAGAGAUUCAGAAAACUUCUGUGAUUACUGAUGCUGUAGUGCAGGAGCAGGGCAUGCUUUUGAUGACAUAUCAUUGAUUAAUGUUUAUUUUUCCAGCCUUUUUGAGAAUGCAUGCAUAGAUUUAAGAGAACUCCUGGAAACAUGUUCUGCUGAAUUGUUUCAAAGGUCUCAUGCUCAUGCAGUGUAGUGCAGACGUACGCCUGAUGCUUCAUUGUGACACAUACAGUGCAUCAUUAGUUACAGAUGCAAAAGCACAGUCCUGACCAGUCAACCACACCCGCUGAUUGAGGAUCAGAGAUAUAAGAAAAACUUAUAACCAGAGUAAAACCACUUUUUAUUGAUUCAAAGUAAGUCUACGUUUCCCUGAGCAGUGUCUGCAGCUUGUCUGAUAAGCUAUAAACAGCACCAAUACCCUCCACCAAUCACAGACUUUGGCAGACUGUAUGUAGGCAAAAACAAAUAAGCAUGUUGCUGUGGGGAUCAUAACCAAUAUUCUCAUCCUCUUUGUGCUUUCCUCAUCUGAAUUUCAACAGUUUGAUGGCAAGACUGCCCUUUUAGUGAGAGAAGUAAUGAUUUAUAAAGAGGAACUAAGACACAUCUCUAUCCCUUAUUACCUUACACGGUGCCAGUUUCACCAAUCAAACAUGCUCAAACUGUCCAAUCACAAAAUAAAUAAAUGUGCUUGAAUGAACAUCAUGCAUUUCAAAACAGCAUAUCAGCUUUGUUUAUACUUGUUGGGGCAGGUGACCUUAAUCAUCACAGGCAGGGCUGUGUUUUAUCUACAGCAACCCCAUCUGACAGAAUUUCCAUAGGAAUCACACCUCAGUGAUUUUCCCAAGCCUUUGUUGCGCUUACAAUGUUAAAUAGUAACUCUGACAUCACUAGCUUGUGAUUUACAAAAUGAAAUGCUCCACACUAAUGGUGUAAGUGUUGAAUAAAGCCCACCACAGCUGGAAUGAUAAAAUGUACAAUGAGUAUGCAGCUUAUGGGUCUUUGUAGGAGAAAGUGGGCGGUUACAGCAUGGCUGUAAUGUUAACUGGAGGUGUUUCUAUAGUAACAGCUCAUUAGGAGGCAGUUUGAACCGUUUGAUACUGUCCAUGAUUAAAGCACUUGUUGUGGUGGUGGUGGUGGUGGGGGAGAACAAAGAGGGAGAAUUGUGAGUUAUAGAUAAAGAUAAGAACAAGCAGGAGCAGGAAGAAAUAAAGCUGCCAAAAUAGAAGGUAUGAGAUUAUGGAGGUAUAAAUAUGUGGCAGGUCAUCCACGUUUCUCUGUACAGCCCUCUUGUUGAGAUGAGAGGAUGUCCUGCACAGCGUGUUGUGUCUGGGCUGGUUUUAAUUAAAAGAAGUUUGAAGUUAGUAGACAAGAGUUGAUGGGCAACAUGAGCUCCCUGCAGACUCCCUGCAUUGAUCGCUUUUCUUUUAGCCAAUGGACAGAAUAAUGCACACAGAUUUGAGGAAAUGGUCAAAAGGAAUCUUAUCACAGAGGUAUUUUGCCUCUGGCGAACUGGGCUGCACUAGGGACUUGGUUACUAAUUGCCAUUUUUCCCCAUUUGGAGUGAGCUGUCUUUCCUCUUCAUACACACCAACUCCAGCUUCCCUCUCCCCCAUGCCUUUCAAGUUCCCAACCCAGGGCAAAGGGAGAGUCAUAGUGUGCCAUGUCACCCUGCAAAUGUGUAACACUAGGCCCAGGGCUGUCUUGGCCUCGCUUGUCCUCAUUUGCAGUCUCACAUUGAGUCUCACUCUAACCUUUUAUAUGGACUGUACAAGGAGAGGGAAUUCUGCAGGAGUUGCAUUAACAGUUCUACUGAUGGUAGUAAUGAAUAAAGACAAGCAUCUUUGGUACUCAAGGACACCACUGUCUUCCACUGAGCUAACUCAAUAUUAAACCUACAUUGGACUGAAUAUAGAACACAGUCCUGUAAAAAAAUAGAUCUUGUUUAAAAAAACACUUUUCUGAGGUUUGGUAGGAGUAAAUGAACUAUUUUCUUCAGUUGCAAUCUAGCACGUAAGAGACAAGGGCUCUAUACAAGGAUUUAAGUCUAGAUUAGCGACAAGAUUGUCAACAAAAGUCAAUGUAGUGUUUGUAUGACAUUUUGUGCUGAUGCAGACCUGUUAACAUCUUUAACUGUUUUUUGCUGUUAAAGUUAAAGAGUGUAGCAGGGCCAUUUUUUUCAUCAGCUUCCCUUCCAUGCAGAAAUAACCCUCUAUCGCUAAAUGACAGCAUCCAAACUCUAUCCAUGCUCAUGCUGUACAGUUGAACAAUCAGAACACUGAAGCCUAUUCUAGCUCUACAGUCUUCAAAUACAUAAGAGUGCACUCAGUAUUUUUAAUAUAUGAUUUUCUCACAAAGUAAACAUAGUCAUGUCAUAGAAUGAACUUUUUUUUCUUCAUUUAGCACAUACGCUUUAUUCCACGACACACUGUGAGGACCUUUUCUGCAGUAAAGAUGAUCCCUUAAUCACCCUGAAUGACCUCUGUAAGAUCAUUCUCAUAAGGACCUUCACAGCAGCACUGACAAACACAAUACAUUUAAUCUUAUUCUUACUUUGUGAUAUUUGUAAGUGGACACUCCAGUGAAUUCAGAUUUUAUCAAAUCCAGGCUUGCUGUGUUUCAAAGAAUAAUGUCCUCAAACUCCAUCAGCUGAUGCAGACUGCUGCAGAGAGAGCUGCUGUUCUGUAGCUCCGCUUUGAAUUCAAGACAGAAAACAGUGAUAUUUCCUUUAACAACUACAGUAUAUGUUGCAUACUAUAGCAUACUCUAGACUUUACACUUUUGGAAGGAAGGAACUUAUCUUUAAUCAAUGAUUCAUUGUAAUAAGAGUCACUUUGCUUCCUGGGGGUUCCAGCUAAUCAUUGGUUGGCACAAAUAUACUUUGGUAAAACAAACAAACAAAGAAAUGAAAAACAAACAAACAAACAAACAAACAAACAAACAAACAAAAAAGACUAGCAGAGCUAGAUUCCACUCCAAAAUAGCAAAAUAACCACUAUAAAGGUGAACCCAAAUGCAUACAGGUCCUUGGUCAGGUCCAGGGCUUCAGGUAGCCCGAGAAGUCUGUGCCAUCAGAAAUUUAAAAUGCUGGGAAAGGUUUGUAAUGAGGCAAAUGGACUAGGUUGGAGUUGCUCCCAUGAGACUAUGAAGAAAAUGAUUUAUAGCAAAUAAUAUUAUGAUUUAAAAAAAUUGAUCUCAAAGUAAAUUUGAAGGGUUAUUCUGUAGUUGUGCUUGAAAAUUACCAAGGUUAUUCUCUGUCUGUUAUCAGACCGAGAGAACGUUUCAGCCAGCAUUUACCAGUGAUUUAACUUUUUCUUUACUACAGCUUUCACUGAUGGUAAAUACCAAGAACAGAGUAAAGCAAAUGAGCACCACAAAAGCCUCACCUUAUGGCAAAAAAGGGGGAAGAAAGAGUGGAAAUGUAGGCAUACCUAAUAACAAUGAGCACCUGUGUCAGAAUCUAUCACAAAAAGAAGAAGAAAGAGAAGAAGAAGGACUUAAUUGAUCCCUGAAGGAAAAUUCAUAAUAACCCGCUACAAUGUGAAAAUGCUAAUGAAUCUCCCUGAAUGAUGCUUGUAAAAGGAACAAGUAGCCAAAGGUUAGGAUUACAGUAACCAUGAUACUGAGUAUUUCAAGGACGAUGCAAUAUGAAUGCUAUAUAGAGGCCAGAGAAGCAGUGUCACUACCAUAAAUAUCAGAGUAGGUAAAUAUAAUAUCCCAGUAUAGCUGAGCAACACAGAAGUAUUCAGGCAGCCCACUCUAGAGUUAAACUUUUAAAAGUUGAAACUGUAAAUAAAAAAAUAACUUCACCAGUGACAAGAAAGACUAACAGAAAGAGACAGAGUCAGGUUCUUUGUUCAGACCUGAGAAGUUUAAAGGGUACAAAUCCAAAAGUCAAAAGUUGAAGGAGACAAAAGAGUCUUUGUAGUUUUUGGACCACCCUUUGAUGGACAUGGCUUUCUAAGCCUCUGUGUAAGUGCAGCCCAUGGCCACAUACUGCUGCUUUGGCAGGUAAUUGGGGUUCUGUGUCCUAAUUGGGGUCACGUCUCUGCCAUUAGCAACUCAAGUUUUAGUGUGAUCAGGAGCGGAUCCAGAGGGUGGGCAUACCCUCCUGACUUCUUAUGGUGCCCUAGUGGCUAAGAUGCUGAACUAUGAUUGACUAGUUUGCCUUGUAAGAGGCAGAACUUACAUCAAAUACUCGCCUGUAUUGUGACAGGUUGCUUGUACAUUUCUCUGGGUCUACAGGUUUUACAUUUACAUUAACAUAAAUCUUUCUAAGUCCUCUAAGUAUGACAUUAAGAAGACUGAUAUGUUGCCAGAUUGAUGUGUUAGUUUUUUCAAUUAAAAAAAUGUAUACCUUUUAAAAAUGUUGUUUAUUGCACGCGCAGUAUGGGUGAGAAGACUCUCCAUCUACUUUUAUUGGCUGAGGUUUUUGUCACUUGGAAUAAUGAACUUUGUCAUUGGUAGAGCUUUGCAAGGUCCAUAAAAGCAGAUGUCCGAGGAGACAAGAUUUCUGUCUUGAGUAAAAAAAAAAAAUCGCAUUUCUCCACCCAACCACCUAUCAUUAUGAGACACCCGAGCAAAGGCAUUUGAUCAAGACUUCAGUUAAUUCAUCGUCACGCUCCUUUGCACAGAAAGCAGCAGGCAACAUAUCUCUGUUUUACCAAAAUCUUAAUGGCUGCUCAUAUAUUUUCACUGGCCCAGAUACCAAAAAGUAUGAUUGCAACUUUUUUUUAUGUACUGUUUGUAAUGUUAUGCAUGUUAUCUUAGUUACAUCAAAAUGUAUUUAAUAGAAUGGAAGAGCUCUUUUAUCAAACAGCUCAGAGAUCUAUUGAACAUUUACACAGAGGAGUUGACUUUGUUGGUGUGCUUGUGUUCACUGUGUGUUCACUGUGGGCUCCUUCUGUGGACUUGCUUAAGCUGACCAUUGGUUCUAAACUUAAAUGACAUGCCACAUCAGAGAUAUAAUGUGAAACCCCCGUCUACUUUAUUUGUAAAAUAUCUUUUUUUUUCUUUUUUUCAUAACACACUUUGUUCUUUUUUGUCUUUUGUCUUGUGUCUCUAGAAAUAGGAUGUUAAUAGUAGAGUGAAUCAAAACAGUGUAGUUGUGUUCCCCAAAAAUUCAAAACAGUUAGCUAAAUUAACAAAACAACUUUGUUUUUACCCUCAUAUGCUCCAAUCCCAAAUUUCCCUUAAGCUGACUUCCCUUAUUUGGACAGUCACCGGAGCUCAGGGAUAGGCCUAAGAUUGUCUGCAGUGAUCUGUGAAGUAUAAGUCAGGUGCUGCAGAGACAAAUAAAUGUGGCGUGUCUCUCAUAUUAAUCUAAAGGUUUAGAUUCACUUUGGUGUAAUUCAGCUUUUUGGUUCAAUUUCAUCCUCUUGUCAGGUUAUGAUCCCUCUCCAUUAUGUGUUACAUGCUCAGACAUGAUCACUCCAGGCUUUGAAUAGCAGCAGCCUGUUGUGCCUUUGACCCAGGGGAAAUUUCAGUCUAAGGUGAGAUCCCAUCAAUUUUCACAAUAGAGUGGAGAUGGGAAAAAACAAGAUGGGUUUUGGAAAAUGUAUUGCAACAGGCUUAAGCAUGGAAAAGAUGUGUUUUCAUGCCCACAAACACUUAACUCCUAACACCUUCUCCACUUUCAGACUACAGUCACAUUACCACAUUAACUGGACGGCCCUUUGGACGGGCAGUCUCCAUCUCUUACCCUCAGUUUUUAUUUCCUUUAAUGAUAACAACGAUAAAGAGCACUGGACCUGUUCACAACGCCUCUAUUAGGUUUGAUCAAAUACUUACCUAUUAGAGCCAUAGCUAAUUAAUCUAGCACAAGCAAUUUUUAAUUGUAGAUUACGCUGUUAGUAUUUUGAGUACAUGUCUUGUAUAUGUCUGUGACAGGUUUGGUUUGAAUAAGUUUACUUUCCAAAUCAAAGCUUUGGUAUCAUCAGCAGAAUGAAAUGGAAGUCAUUCUCAGGCCAUUUGGGAUGGAUGGAUGGGAAGGAUGUCAAAGUAAUGACAUGUUUAAUUCUUAAUCAACUCAGUAGGAGCACUCUUACAGUGAAUGCUGCAUUUGGGAGCAAGCAGCACAUUCUGUUCGUACUCCCACACAUUUGGCUGUCAUAAAUAGAGCCACACAGUGCAGAUGGUGUGAGCUUUUAGGAGACACACCAGCCAUCAGGAGGCAGAAUUAUUGAUUUUCUGUAGCAUGAGAGAUUCUAAAAGGAAGUCAGAGGAAAUGUUUAGGGCAAUUGAGGUGUCUAGCAAAGGUCUAAAUAUCUUUAAAUGAGCAUGAGUUAAAAAGCACUCUUAUUACUCAUGCUCAUACACUCUUAUCCAAGAUUAAAAACAGAUGCCACCAUGUUUCUCUCUUAUCUCAUCUCCAUCCCACCCACUCUAAACAAGAUGUCCCACUUUUUGUAAGAGACCCACAAACAACUGUUUCCUUUGCAGAUGACACAAGCUGCCAGGGCUGUGUGUGUGGCGCAAACAGACAAAUGGAGGUGUGGAUUUGUGAAUUCCUCUGUGUCUACUGUGUAACUUCUACAGCCUCAUGAAUAAUGGGUGACAAGACUUGCUGUAAAACUGAGCUUUGGUUUCCCACUCAGAGUGUUUUUACUUGCUUUUAAAUCAAUGCUGUAGUGCAGGAUUGCCUAAAGUGCUCUGAUAAGUUUGAUAUUUUGACGAAACUGUGUCUGUGAUAUGAUCAAAUGCUUACCUCUUACCCAAAAAAGGUCUUUUUCAGGUCAGUAGGGCACAAAAGGUUUGUGAGUCUGUAAGAUGCUGCUCAUCUGAGUGACGGAGUGCAGUAUUAUGCUGGUUGAGUCUGAUUGUAUUUUUUGAUUAUAUGUAUUUUUAAUUUUUUUAUUAUUCAAAGUAUUCUCUCAGUGGUCUUAAAUUGUGAUUAUGAAGUUUUUAGCCAAAAUCAUGUUACCUGUGUCAUUUUCGAGGACUUACUUCUGCAGAGCUCCAGUGGCUCAUUAGCUAUUCGCCUCUGAGUUGUGGGCAGAGAUAGUGCUGCACUGCACACUCCUCUCCAUGCUAGCUUGCAGCCUAACUUUGCUGGUGUAUGAAAAGUGGCAGGUAAUAUAGGAGAUAUUCAGCUCUCAAACACUGUAAGGAUGCCUAGCCCAUGUUCACACUUUAAAAUGGAAGGUCCACACGAAUGAUCAUUUUGACAAGCUUUAUUGGUUGCAGAUCUGGGUUACAGCUUCAUCAUGCCACAAGUGUACCACGAGUGUAACACAAGUGUAACACAAGCGUAACAAAGUGUAACAAAAAUUGGUCUGAGACUGUUCAAGCAUAUAUAGUCGUCCACGUUUCCAAACAUUCUGCUUGCAUCUUGUUGACCUAAAGGAGAGUCCAUGUAAGGUAAUGACAAAGCACAACAUAUUUUGGGAGCCUGAGUGAUAUUAAACAUGGGUACAAGUUUCUUGUUGAGGAUAUUUGUCGGAGGCCCAUGGCGCCAGAAAUCUAGCACCAAAGUAUCUGAGGUAUUUGAGUGACACAGCUCCACCACUCUAAAGGCUGACAUGACUGGAUAAAGAAAAUCAUCCUAACAAACACUAAUGUCUUAGGGGACAUGAUAAAAGCUAAAGUUGUAAUUAGCCUUCUUACAAGCUUUGCAAUCCGCUACCGGACACACUUGCUAAUUAAUCAUGAAUCCAAUAAUUGUACAUUAUUAUUGAUAAUUCAUACAUUAUUAUUCUCUACAUUUAUUAGAUUUAUGUAUGGAUUAAUGUCAUGAAUCUAAUAAUUUAUCAUUAGACAUAUACAUUAAUCCAAUAAAGGAAAAUUUCAGAAAAAGACAAGGGUUCAGAUUACAGUAAGCUUUUAUAGUGGAGAAUGAAUGGAACGUCCUUGAGAUCCAGAGCAUAUAGUGAAACUUUUGAAACAUGCAGCUUCUAAGAUAUGAAAAUACACAGAAUUUCUUCAGAUGAGGUCAUGUGAUCCAGGUCUCAUCUUCAUUCCGUUCUAAGACUUAUUCUCCAGCACAACCAAAUUCUGUGUUGUCUCUCCAUCUCAAAAAUGUGUAAUUAAAAAAAAAGUGUAAUUCAAUACAAGGAUGGAAAAAUGGAGAUGCUUAAAGGUGGGGUAGGCAGGAAUCUGUUAAAGAAGCAUCUUUUUGUGGUGUAUAGACAAAAAAGCUUUUAAUAUCAGUCAGUAGCUAUUAGGUAUUGAUGACAUUUGGUAAUAUAACGAAAUUGCAGUGUUUUGUUAUGUCUGUGUAGUCAACAUUUUAAAAUUUCAGAGCGCUCCGCUCUUUCUGACUAUAAACAAAGCCGUUCUUUAAUGGCUGCAAUGGCUAAAGUAUUUAUCAGCAUUAAAUAUGAAUUCAAUUGAAACGAUACGAGUAAGCAGAAGCGUCUGUUUGUGGGCGGGGCUUGAUGGAGCAGAGAGGGAGGGGAGAGGAGGAGCUGAGGGGAAAACUGGUUGGGAGGGGUAGAGUUUACAGUCAAGAUUUCUCCCCAAAACUGGCACUUCCUCAGAUCCUGCCCACCCCACCUUUAAGAAAACAGGGUAACAAUGAUCAUUUAAUAAAAACUUAUCCAUUCAAUCAGAAACUCUAUGGCUUUUACAACUGUGUUUUGAGCUAUAAAGGUAACUUGAAAAACAAGAUCUAGUUCUUUUGGUGAGAAAACAAGUAUACUGUUCCUGUAAAACCUGUAAAGUCGUGCCUAAUGCCACAGGAUGCAGUUUAAAGCCCCGUCGGGGAGUUUUUGACUGAUUAUAAAACUGGGUGAAAUAAAGAGUGAUACAUCUUUAUGACGUACAAAAGCUAACUAGACUGUUCAGCUUAUACUGUUACUUUACAAACCCACUGUAAGGGGGUAGGUGUCAGAGGAGAUGAUUAACGGCAUACUGAAGAAACACACUGUUACCACUAUAUUCAAUGCAACAAAUUACAUUGAGUAAUACGUACAUCUCACUGUUAAAAGAAAGCAUAAGAAGAAGUUUUGUCAGAAAUCUUGAAGUUCACAGCUCCUCAAAAGUACUUUGAGGAUAGACUCAGUUCACUCUUAGCUGAUAAUUUGAUACAAACACAAGGAACAGUUCUUGUCUUGUUUUGAAAAUCUCAUCAGACUACUGCAUGAUAUCUUGUAUUUGUUUAGCUAUUGUGUUAGAUGAGACAUAACGCUCACCUUUGGCAAAUCCCAUGUUCAAUAUAGCUAAUGACAAUAUGAUUUUCUUAUGGUUAGAAGUCUACAGUGUUGAACAUUUCCAUACAAGUCAAAUUUUAAGUGUAAAGGUUGUUCAGUUCUCAGCCAUGACCCCUUGCUGCAUGUCUUACACUAUGCUCAGCUUAUUGGUCCAGCCAAUAAAGUUUUGCAGUAAAGAUUGUGAUGAUAUUUUGCUGACAUUAUGUGAUAAGAUCAAAUCAGAUGAGGAAUUGUGUCAUUUUCAUAGCAGUGAGACAUGAAAAGGAUAAGAAAAUUUUGAGGGAAUGAUUGAAACUGUUAUGUAUCUUAUUAAAGUCAAACUGUGUGUGUCUGGAACAGGUGUCACCAUGAAGCUGAUGGACGAGGUUGCUGGCAUUGUAGCAGCUCGCCACUGCAACACCAACAUUGUUACUGCCUCUGUGGAUGCUAUCAACUUCCAUCGCAAGAUCAAGAAAGGUGAGGAGAACAAAGGGAAUCCAGUUACAUCCCUAUCUUUCACGUCAUCAUGAAGUAAAUUAUUGAAUUGCACAGUCUUAAACACUCUGCUGUAAGAUAAUGUGGAAAAUGUCAGCAGUACAUAAAUUCAGCCUCAGACAGCGCUGUUUAAAAUUGGGCUAAAGCCAAUGUUAACAGAUGUCACACUUAAACUGACCAAGACAAGUUGUGUUUUUUAGAGCUGUCACUUCAUCUGGACAAACACAUCCUUGUUAUGAUUAAACUUCUUUCCAUUACCAAUCUUUGUCCCUGCUUCAUGUUCCCACUCCUCCAGAGAGAAAUGAUUAAGAGCACGUGUUCUGUAGUGCCUCUGUCUGCAGGCCCAGAUUUUAUGUGGAAAAAUUCGGAGCAAUUUGGUUGAAAGUCAUUUCACACUUUUUUUUUUUUUUUUUUUACAACGAGCUUCUUACAAGGCAAAAUGGGUGAUUGCUUACAGUAUUGAAACCAUUCUGCUUUUCUUCUCUUUUAAGAGACAUUUGAAAGCAUCAGAGGUAUUAUCAGAGGUAAUUGGUGUACCUCUUUAGAAAACAGUUAAUCCAGGAGAGUUGGGAACAGAAGUAUAAACAAAAAGCAUACAUUCAAGAGGGAACUAACAGACUUCAUCCCAGGAAAGCCCAAAGGGUAUAAAUCCUGAUACUACUACAACAACUACUGCUGCUGCUGCUACUACUACUUAUUUAUUAGACAGAACCUUUGACAUAACAAACUGUCCUGGGUGUGCGCACGCACACACACACACAAAGGCAGAAAUGCACAAAUGCAUUUUUCAACAGUUGGCUCAAGUUCAUGUGAAAGAUAAUAGUUUCACUUGCAGUUAAUGGUUAUUUGUUUCUACAGUUUGUUCAUUAGCCUUUUCAUGGUAUCUAAACAUGUCAUCAGGGACUGAAAGCAGUCUUGAAUAAGUGGUGUAAAACAGCUCUUGACAUUUAUGGCUUACAGUAUUCCUCUGCUCAGUGUGUGUUGUUUGUUCUUGUGCUGUAAAUGAUGGAAUCCAGACAUUCAAAUGUUAUGAUUACCACAGGAUAUGAUGUUAACAAUGAAACAGGUACAUCUCCCCACAUGUAGAGUUAUGAGCUGGAAAAGACCAUUUUUAGAUUUCAAAGCUCAGCACAGCAGACAUGUCAGCCCAAAAUAAGGUCUGAAUUAGGGUAAGGGACUGAGAAGGAUGUGUUUUAAAACCUUUCAAAUAGUCAUGUCUAAAGUCAUUCCAUUUGCUGCCUCCAUCCAGGCAUCAAGAGGCUUCCCAUUUUGCUCAAGCUGGUCAGAAAACUCUAAGAUGUGUGCUUAGGACAUUGAUGGUCAAGGUUCGAAAUAAAUACCUGCCAACAGCUUGGUAUUGUAGGGAAGACAUACCUUUCAACAGAGGUUCAAGUAAAAAAAAUAAAAAAAAAUCUAAACUUUCUGCUUGAGGUCAGGCUUUUUGUGUGACAGACUAGAAACACGAGUCUCAGCAGAACAAAAACACAAACCCUAAGCCAAAACCAAACUAGUGUUUAUUUCUGGUAAGAAAUACAUUAUAAAAUGUUUAUAGGCUAUAAUCAGUAGCUCAGGAGGUAGAGCGGUCGUCCAAUGACCGGAAGGUUGGCGGUUCGAUUCCCCCCUAAUCCAAGUCUGUCUGUUGUGUCCUUGGGCAAGACACUUAACCCACCUUGCUCCCAGUGUGUGUCCUCCACUGGUGUAUGAUUGUGAGUGUUGUGUGGUGGUGGUCGGAGAGGUCGUAGGCGCAGAAUGGCAGCCACGUUUCCACCACCACCAAAGUGUGACUGUGUGAGCGAAUGAAUGAUGUAUCCAAUGUAAAGCGCUUUGAUGGUCUCUGAUAAAGCGCUAUAUGAAAUCUGAUGCAUUAUUAUUAUUAUUAUAAAAAAUGUCUACAUAAUCAAAUUAUUGUAAGAUAUAGAAUCAAAACUAUUUGUAAAUGUUAAUUCCACCUGCUAAGUUUUUUUCACUCAUUACAAGAAAUUCAGUUGAAUAUUUUACUUGCAUUAUCUUGAAAAAAGACUUUUAUCAGAACUUGUGUGGUGAAUGUGGCUUACAGUGCAUUCGGAAAGUAUUCAUACCACUUCACUUUUUCCACAUUUUGUUAUGUUACAGCCUUAUUCCAAAAUGGAUUAAAGUCCCUUUUUCCCUCAAAAAUUCUACACAAAAUACCCCAUAAUGACAAAGCGAAAAACCUUUUUUUAGAACAUUUUGAAAAUGUAUUAAAAAUAAGAACACUCAAAUGUUGCAUAUACAUAAGUAUUCACACCCUUUACUCAAUACUUCUUCUUGUGUACUGUAUAUUAAGUAGCUACUAGAGAUAUUUUAAUGAGAAUGAAGACAAAAAUACUUCAUCAGUUUGGGGAUAGUAGGGUUGGAGUUAGUCACAAUGGUUUACAGAAGUGCCCUCAAAGAGUCUUGAAGCAGAGUCUCAUUGUCAUUUAAUAAAAAAACACAUACAGGCUGUUGAAAGUGAGAAAACACACACACACACACGAGUCUCAGAAUGUGUAUUUCUUUAUUUAGUGGUUGCCUUCCUACCACUCCCUAUACGCGUAAAAACAGUUUACUUUACCUGCUGAACACACUGCAGGUUUAAGUAGGUGUCUUCUCUGAGUAUCUUGACUAUCUUGUCUGAGAAAUCCUUGUGCAUGUUUUCAGAUAAAACACAGGCCUCUAUGUUUUAUUAAAUUACAUUAACUCAAGCCUGGGUGGAGCUGGGGCACUACACUGUACCUUCAAACAUGAGCAGAUGGCUGCAUUCAAAUCAUAGCUUGUGGGUCACUUCUUCAUUAGUAUCUUUUCUUGUUUUUCGGGUACACGCUUCCAUUUUUCUCCUAACCACAGAGUUUGUAUAAGGAAAGUGUGAUGUCUUUCCAAACAACAUUGUGCAUUAUAUAUUUGGCACUGAAUAAAACUAAGAAAAAUGUUGGCCAUGAAAUAUUGCAGCGGUGUUUGGGUGGAGAUCUUGUACACCCACGGUCCGCAAUAGGUGGACCCGCGGACCACCUCUUUGUGGCCCCAGAGAAAAAAAAAAAUCAACAACACGGCACGGCACUCUCUCUUACUGACUGGCGCGUGGUUAGACUGGCCGAGAGAGAGAGAGAGAGAGAGACGACUGUGCGACUGUGCGCGUGCUCACGCUCGCAUUAUGGGCUUCCAUUACCAUGACAACGAUGCGCUGAUUGGCUGAUAACUACGCAAACCGGCAGUCACACAUCUUCCUCCUUCAGUCCGUCUUCUUUGCACGGCGCAGGCAGCGGUAACGUCUUUGCUGCAGGUGCGUCGCUCACACCCAGCACCCGACAUCAAAACAGCAAAUCAGAGAAAGGUGGACACUGAAAAUCGUUGAUUCACUGAUCAAUGGACCAAUCUUACCUCAUUCAAGCACAAAACCAGUGUGUCUUUUGUGCAAAGCACUGUUGCUCUGAUAAAAAGUGAAAACAUAAAACGCAAUGAGAAGCAAUUUUGAUAGAGAUUGCCCUCAAAAAUCUGAGCUACAAACAGAUUAAAUAAAAAGCUUAUUUUAUUUUAUUGAGUAAUACUAAGUAAGAAAGAACAUCAGUGUGAUGCUGAAAAUGAAUGUUUUUGUGGCUUCCAAUAACUCCUGAUUAUUACAGUACAGUACAAUCAGCCUAAAACUACAUGUAAAGAUAGAAAAAGGUUAAAAAUUAAAAUUAAAAUUUACCGCCAGGCACGCGCUGUGGACCUAUGACUUCCUCAAAAUGUAUUUUCAGGACCUUUUACAUUUGUAAUUGAGAACCCCUGUUGUACACUAUCUAGUGGAGAGAAUUAGAAGAAGCAGAUAAACAGGAGGAAAAUGAGAUUUUAGAGAAAGGGAAAGAGAGAGCUACAGGUGUGAGAGAGAGUGUGAAAGAGACAUUUUUGACUGUAAUUUAAAGGAGAGAGGUGAGAAUGAAGGAAAGAAAUUAAUACAGCGAAUAAACCAUAUUCCUGUAAAAUACCAUUCAGCCUGAAUAAUGCAAAGAAGCGUCAUACAUGCGAAUACAUCUGUAUAAUGUUUAAUUGGGAUAGUAAUAAUUCUCUGGUUCAGGUUAGUGGAUUGAGGGUUCAGUGUGUGUCCUGGUUAUGAUACAUUUACUGGGCAACAAAAGAAAGAGUUUUGCUUGUUUUAAUUACAAUUACAAUGUCAUUUAGUAGACACUUUUAUCCAAAUUAAUCGUACACCAGCGAACGACCCACACUGGGAGCAAAGUUAAGUGUCUUGCCCAAGGAUACAACGGUAACUGUUGACAGACUGGUGAUAGGGGGGAAUCAAACUGCCAACCUUUCUGUUGUUGGACGACCGCUCUACCUCCUAAACUACUGCUGGCCCCCUAAACUAUUGCUUUUUCACUCUGUGUGGGCCUCUUGGUAAUGCAAAAUAGCAUUCUCAGGAACAGAAAAGAGUAACAGUGUUGUUCAAAGCCUGGCAUGGAUCCUCUUCACAGCUGAAUAGCUGUAUCAAAUGUCUUCUCAGAGGUUGGACUUCUCUGACCUUCACCACUGCACAAUGUCAGAUCUACUGCAUUUAUUCAUCAAUUAUUAACCACAGGGGUCUACAGAUAAAUCGCCUGAUCUCAUCAAAGCUGUUUAUCUGUAACGUGUAACGUCUUUAAGGAGAGCAUGCUCCACUGAGCUUAGUACCCCCCCCCCCCCAAAAAAAAAAAAAAAAAAAAAAAAAAACAACUCAAUAGGGCAAUAAAUGCUGCAAGAGAGUAAACGAGCAUUGAGUUUACCUUAUCUUAUUUGCAUUCAUGCAUCUUUACUGCCUUUUCACUGCUAAUCACUCAGUAAGGUUUUUAUUAUCAUUGUCAUGUCCAUCAUCAGUCACAUGAGGUCUCGGGUAAAAGUGACAUCAUUUCAACACAUCCAUCCGAUAUAGAGGCUCCACUGAGGAUUUACAAAGGUGAACUUUUUACUGUAAAACUGUAAAACAAUAUGUAAGAAAUUCAUGCAGGUUAAACCUUGACUGAAAUUUCCUGUCAGCAGCUAUGAAGAUGUCCGUCUUUGACAUUAGCAGUCUAAAGGAGAGAGACUGUUUAAGCCAGAAUGAAAAAAAAUAAAAAGCAGUGACAGGGCUUCUUGAAAAGUUCGUGAAGAGCGUGCUUGUGUUAAGAGUUUAAGCAAAAUUACUUUGGUGCAUUUUAAAGGCUUACAAUGUAGCAAUCUUGAUGGAUGUGUUAACGCUCUGGAAAAGAACUUGUAGUUUGUGUUGAUUUUGGUGCCCCAGGUGACAGAGCCAUUAUUCUUAUUGCUUGCUGGCUCUGAUCAUUUGUAAAAAGUGUUUUUAACGGAACAUCUCAUCAUAUUUCCUUUGAAAGGUCAAAAUAUCUAUAUCAUGGAAGAUGCAGAAAACUGUAUCUGGAGUUUCCUAUUUAUCACAUUGUCUGACACAUGCUCGCAAUAGUUUCAGGCAUCAAAAGAACUAUAGUUCUUGGUGGUUCUGUAGUCCAUAUAAAGGUGUCAGUAUUGAUUUCAGUCCAUUUUGUGAGCUAAAACCUCCCCACAGGAGCUUUAAUGGAUUGGUCUUGAUAGGUUUAUAUAAGGUACUUGUCAGCAAUAAGUGUCUAAGAUGGAGGGGAUGUUGGCAGUGGUAGACAACCAGAAUGACAGCUAGGCUUUUAACUGCUACAGAUGAAGUCAGCUGUGCAGAUGUGAUUUAGCAGACCAAACUCCAAACAAGUACACUUUUACAGCCUAAUCUACUAAAGGUUUGCAUGUGCAAAAAUCAUGUGCAAACUUGACAGCACGCACAAAGCUGAUCUACUAACUGAGUGCACCGGGGAUUGCGUCUGUCAAAUGAUCAAAACAGUGGGCGCAAUCCAUUUAGUGUGUUUGACUUCAUGAAUAUGCAUAUUGUGUGUAGAUCAUCAGGCUGCACAAAAUUCUUGGAGGAGCAGAUGCAAAUAGAAUCAUUCAGCACCCGCAUUGUGAUUUGUCAAACCUGGAAACCAAUGGGUCGCUGUUUUGCGUCUAUAUUUCGCAAAAUCCUCAUUUAAAGAGGAGGGUCCGCACCACUUUUGCUCCUGUUAUCAAUUGCGCAUGCAAUGAUAGUAGAUCACCUGCAACACGCCCACUAAUAGCACAUGCAAUUUUUUAGUUUACACACCAGUUUAGCCAUCUCUAUUUGGGAUCUUAUUAGAUCAGGCCCUAAGUGUACACUCUGUUUUGAAAAUUUCAAUGCUUAACUUUGCUGUCAGAGAACCUUUUUCUGCUCCAUCCUCAGACAAAGCACGGACAUGUUCUUCUACCUGCUGUGCAGUGGUCAGCCGUUUAGGUCUAUGAUGUACAAGUCAUCGAUAUAUGGGGAACUUUUAACAAGUACCUCACACAACUUCUUGAAGUCUCUCUUUAAUAUAUGUAUUUGUACUUAAAGACCUAAAAUUAGCAAACAAACUUGGUUCAUAAACAAUGAGUAGUAAAAAGUAACAGAACCUGAGGUCAUGGACAUCUACACAAUUGUGUUCAUUAGCACGUCAACAUAGCAUAGUAUAGCGUGACACUAAUGCUAUAAACUGUUUUUAUUUAUGCCCUGGGUAGUUUUAUAAGACCCUGGUCUAAUACUGAAGAUGUGUCUCAGAUGUAGAGCACCCUCUCCCCCGAUCUCCAUGGCAACAGCAGUAAUAAUACAGUACCAGCACAUCAAAGAGAAUAAAGAAACACAUCAGAAAUGCCUGGUUCUGUUGGCUGAUUAUUUUUUUCCUCUGCCUUUUUGCAUUGACUUAAGAUUAAGGGUGCACAUUUUGAUGAGUCAGAUGCAUUAGAUGGAUUUAAUGUUGAAUUCAAAAGGAGAGGUGUAAAAAAUGCUGGCUUCAGAGGAUGCGAUUUGUUCUCUCAAGUAUACAUUUUUUUUUAAAGUUCUCAUUUUGAAAAGUGUCAGAGAUAAAAAUAAAACUUUGUCUUAGCACUUUCAGUUGUUCUGGCUGACUUAAUUCCUCCACAUCCGAGUUUUAUAUAUCUAAAAAAACCUGCAGCUGGAUGGCAUGGCUGCAGCUUUAAAAUUCUUCCAGCCAAAGAUCUUCAGCCUGUCUCAUUUUGUGGACUCACUCAGUGGAACUGACUUCAACAAGUUCAUGAUGCAACAGUGUGAAGUAGAUUGCAAGAGCAGAUUCAAAGGUGUUGUGAACUGAGUAAUUCUUUCUACCAGCUGUACCAGAACAAGCCCAUGUUAGCUGCAACUCUCAUCUUUUAAUGUAUGUCUGCUGCUAUUCAGGCGUUAUUCAAGUCACUGUGUUUGGGAUAUUUUUAAUUUGAACCUAACAUGUAUACCAAAGCAUUUUUUUUUAUUCCUGGACUGUCAACAAUUAAUCUGAGUGGAAUAUAACCAUGCUCAAUGAGAAUUACAUGUCCAUGUGAUUUUUUAAAUUUAUUGUGGUAUACUUUUAGAUCUUUGGGGGGCACAUGUUUGGCUAAGUGUUUAAUUCGUGUGUCAGGUGCAUGCAGACCAUAGUCCUCAGAGUUGGCAGUCCAGGGCUCACAUCUGACCUGCAGUGCUUUGCCACAAUGUCAUCCAUGCCUUUCUCUUCUGCCAGUUUCUCAUCAAUUGUCCUAUCCUCUGAAAAAAGGGCAUUAAAGCUGACCCCUGAAGUUAAAUAAAUAAAUGAAUAUAUAUAUAUGACUACAUACAUAAAAACAUUUAUAAAAACAUGAAAAAGAAUGUCAAAUUGUCUAAUAUGUGAAGCUGAAGUCAGAAGUUUGAUUUCAACUAAUAGUAUGAAAAAUAUACUAUUGUUAUAAUCCAGUAUUUUCAGGUUACAUAAAUUGUAUCAUGUGAAUGUGAUACAUAGCAUUAUAAAAAUUCAAUUUCCCUAAAUCUCUUGCAUAGCCUCCUGAUUUAAAAACAUAUCAGAAUGAAAAUGUCUUUGGUAGGCCAAGGGGCAGAGCAGUUUUAAUGAAGAUUUAUCUUUCUCUUAUCUCUCCAAGGUUGUGUGGUAACAGUGACAGGACGGCUCACUUUUGUCAGUAAUAAGUCAAUGGAAAUCGAAGUGUUUGUGGAUGCAGCCUCACUGGCAGAGGCAGAGAAAGGAAAAUACCGUGCAGUCUCAGCCUUCUUCACCUUCAUCUCUCUGGACAAAUACGGCAGGCCUCUGCCUGUUCCUCCUCUUAAGGUUAGUGCCUUUCAGUCUCUGUAAAAACUGUCAAUUUGUCAAAACCUGAAUGUGAUAUCAACUUGAUCUUACACAUUUUUCUGUAUUUACAUGAUGCCAAGUUUACACCUCUUGUUUAAAGUUAGUAUGAUGUGCUUUACUUAUCUUUCUUUCAUCAUGAAGUCAUGGACUUUUUGAAAACCUUCUCUCUGAAAUACGUCAGAAUUACUUCUUUAGUCUUUUGACCUUUUUCAGUUUAGUUCAGCAUGAGCACUGAUAAAGAUGUGCAGUCCAAAACUUGCCUUGAGGACUUAGUGAAUUAAAGGUGUAAACAUAUAUUGAAAUUAAAAAGUUGUUUAAGCGCAGUGCUGUCUUUCUACAGAAUUCUAAAGAAAUAUAUAGAUUAAUAAAGAGAUUGGCAGUGUUGCAAGUGUUAAGUUCAUCACAUCCUAGUUUAACAUGUUUUUUUUUGUCCUCUGUUAUUCAGCUUUUUGGAGAAUAAAACAUUAACAUACGGCGCAUCACUAAGCCUUGAUGGCUGAAUGCUAAUAUGUGUCUGGCUGACUCAGCACUUAUUGUCAGGAUGUAAGCUGUGCAUGUGCACCUGCAGACUGGAGAGGGACGCCUGCUGUUUGUUCUGGCCCGACAGUACACAACGAUCCACUCCCUAUUUAUGUGCAAACACUGUACACAGCCAUCUGCUUUACUCAGCACAUUUAAAUUAUUUCCUGGCUCCAGUCACAGUUCCUGACGGUCUAUGAUGAUGGGUUUAAAACAAGUCCCAUUUCAAAGUGAGAUGAAGUCAACCUGGCUGUAAGCAGGUUUGGAAAGCACAAUCAGAAUACAAAGUUGAGGAUUUAGCAAAUUUUGUUCUAAGAUUUUGAUCAUGUUAAUGAUACAAAUGCUCUUUUUGAUCUCAUUUCUUGUUAGACUUUAUGGCUAUGAGAAUUCGUUGAACAACAUGACAAAUGUGGAAAUAGAAACUUUGACCUGCUUCGUAGCUCAAUUUACUUUAGGUUUCACGUUUUAGAUACUGUUUAUUUGUGUUUACAUCCCAACAACAACCGGCUGAUGAAAUUUUUGGAAAAUAAAACUGUAUGUUUAGAUAUCCCAUAAUUCACCACCACCAAUCUUAGAGCACAAUGUGCAGGCUUCUUUGACUAAAGCAAGCUACUUUCAUGAGAUGACAGGGAAAGUUAAACACUGUUAAGACAUGCAACUCUGACAUGCAAAGUCUAGCUCACUCUUGUUUUUUUUCCCCCAAAGUAGCCUACCCAAGCUUUAAGCCUAUUCCGUUGCAAUGGCAUGGGCUGAGUGGUUAGUGUCAGUGUAGUUUGACAGUAGGCCAAGGCUCCCCUGCACAAACUUAAGAGUCAAAGUUUGUAAUGUAGCUUUUAAUUAAACUUUGAGUAUGAGCAUAUCUGCAUCUUUCCCUGUACUAUUCCCCCCAAAAAAGCAUAGGAUGCAGAAGAAUACACGUUACAUAAAACUGGUUUCUGUGUAACUCACUAUAACAUCUUGAAUAGGGAAGUGGUUCAUAAUACCAUUUCCCACAAGCUAUGUUUUUAUUAUAAGGGCUGUAUUUUCAGCAUGGUGCAGGCGUGGCGUAAGUCAGGUCCGCUGACAAGGCGUUCCCAAGCACAAUUUGGUGUUUUGGUGAGCAGCGCAGCCCGGCGCAAGUGUUCCCUCUCCCUAACUCAGCUCCUUCCAACGGCGUAAGUCGUAGAGAGGGAGGAGAGAAGGCAUGGAGUGGAUUUAAAACAGCCGAGUCCUGUAUUCACCAAUCACAUCAGCUCCUCUCCUCACCUUUAAAUCUGCCAACGGCGAGGUGUAUUACAAUUUUCGUGCAGUAGUCAAAGAGAUCAAGAGAUGUCUGAAGACAGCAAUGCCACACGAUGGCGACAGAAGGCAGCUCCUCAACAAGUGUCGCUGUAAGCGCUGCAGAGGGUGUUCUCCACACUCCCUCAUAUAAGCAUAUGGUGUGUGGAAUGUUGUACCCACUGGUAAGACAAACAUCCUUUUCCACAAAUAAAGACAAUCACAACAAGUUUCAUAUAUUUAAACCCACAUGGCAAAGGUGGGUUGUGCGCACAGAUCACAACACAAACUCCAAUAAUGGCAUUAUAAUUGGAACUACCUGUGCGUAAAGGACGCAUCAUGCUCCAUGGCCUGGCUGUUUCGUUCAUAGAUGUUGGCAUAUUAAAUGAAUUUGGCUCGUGCAAAUGAAUAUUAUAAUAUUUAUAUGUGGGCCUGACCCCAGAUUGAAUAUUCACAGAAUUUUAAGGAUGUGAGAACAUCAGAUAAACAGGUAAUUUUUGAAUGUAAGUUUCUUUUAUUUUUUUGUUCAAAUUUUCAAAGUAAAUAACUCAUCUGAUCACUAAAGUUAAUCAUCUGGUCAGCCGUGCCACAAUAAUCCAAGUUUUCCACACCGUUGGAUGGAUUCAAAAGCGUGUGCCUUUAAUGAAUUCAUUCAGGCUAUUCAGAUAAGCCGAAAACAACAGCCCUGUGAUUCGGAGUAUCUGCUGUCCCGAAAAUAUAAUGUUCUCUAACUUGACAGCUUACUGUACACUUUAUAUACUCAGGUACAUCUCUAUAUGUAUAUUUUUUAAACACAUGAAAACAGAAAAAAAAUUUGCUGCUCCAUUUGACAUGUUGUCAUGAUCCAAUACUUAUGUUUUUUAAAAUACAAUCAUUUUCUUCCACUUUAAGAAGCUUAUGAGUGGAUGGGAUGCAGGGGAUGCAUUCUACGGCAGGGGUGCAUUCUACAGCACAACACCGGUCAAGCUGUGAGGGGAAGAAGGAGAAUAAGCGGGGAGACAAAUUAAAUAUCUUAACUUCAUCAUGUGUGACUGUUUACUGGAUAUUUAUUUAAAUGCGGUUUCAGCUGUGUUAAUUCAGUCAGGUUGAGUGUCCAAACGCGUGCGAAAUACGCUCAUGCAAAAUGCGCUCACCUCAUAUAGAUCAGAAUAUAUUGAUAUAGAUCUAAAAGUAUGUGCUGACUCAUAUAGUUGCACUGAAUAGUGGUUGUUGAUUAUUUAUUCCACUGAAAUGUGCCUGACACUGUGGAAACCUGCAGGUGAAGGAUUGGUGACGCGUGUGUCUACCGAAAUAGCACUAGACCAGCUUCGCUCUGCCUGUGCUGAAAGCUGACCAGGAUUGAAUUGGUGAGCUUUCAGUGCACUUUUCAUGCCGCUGGCGAGCACUAAAAUGUCACUGCGCCAGUUGAUUCUGUCAACACCUCCCCCUACUGCGUCACUACGCCCAGCUUGGCGCACCUCGGAGCGCCUCAGUCUGCAAAAAUACCAAACUGGCUUUGCACCAGGCUCUGCCAGACAAAAAUACCACUGCGCGACUGCGCCACCAUCCGCCGCCACGAAAAUAGAGCCCCAAGUGUGUAAUGAGACAUUUACAGGAAGAGCGCCAAGCUUGGCAGCAUGAAGGGGGAAGAGUGGAAAAGGGUUGUAUUUGGUGUGUCAUUGUUCUGUCAAGUGCUGCAGUGACCUCUCGUUUCACAAGCAUUCACACACAUUAAAGGUGCAUCAUUGCUCUUUAACAUUAGGACACCCGGAACAUGCAUCAUAUGUGUUUGUGUGGGUCAGCCUUAUUAAAACCUCUUAAUUAGUCUCCCAAUUUCCAUUUCACAAAGCUCCAUGUUUGAUUCAACCAUUGUGUGCUUUCCUGCUUGCAUGCAUUACCUGGUUUUCCUUCACUCACAAGCUUCUGCUAAAGCUUUUGUUUUAUAGCAGGGAGUUGCAGAAAUGAUUAAGACAAUUUUAAUUACUCUGUUCACCUCAAUUUUAGGAGAAGAAAGUCUAAAAACUGCCUGAUGAUUUUAAUAAUUCAACAUGGUCAUUCGAAAUGAAAGUCUAAAUGGGGCCAGGGCUGCCAGGUUCUGAUGUAGCAUGUCAGGACAGAAGGACAGGAACAGAGACAUUUUGUGUGUGCUGUUGUGUUUGAGCAGGAACAGAGUUGGACAGAAACACAGUGUAGACAGACUGUGUGUUUGUGUGCAAAAGAAAAGACAAAUAAAGCAUGUCAAGGUUUGUGUGUGAGGGGGUGGGCUCGCAUGUGGAUAGGCACGUGCUUGAACAGAUCACUGAGUACAAAUGCGUGCCUUUAUUUAUAUGAGUGAGAGAGGGAUGAUGAAGCUCAAUCUGAGCUAUUUCUGGCUUUAUGACUAUUUACUGAGAGCUUUAACACAGGAUUAGAUUGAACCAAAACCAGGGGAGCUGUCCAAACUUUACUGAUGGCAAUACACCGAUUCAUAGACAUUAACCCCUUGGUGUAAAAGACAGGCGUCACAUGCAGGAAAUAAGGUUUAACACAUCAAUCCAAUUAACACCUACAGUAAGUUUCCCCUGGCAGUGAGUUUGGACCGCCAGGGAUUGAAACGCAAUGAUAACAACAAAUAGCCUUGUUAGCUCCAGAGGAAAGAGCGACAAGCAUUUGGCCUCUUUGUUCUUUCAUUUGAAUUUUACUUUUAGGGUACUUCAACCAUCUUCAAAUUUCAUCAAAGCUACAUUCCUUGUAAAGAUAGAUUUUAUGUACUGGUUUAGGAAAGUAAAGUAGAUUCUAAUAUACUACAUUUUUUAUAAUUGAAUGUUGUAGGUAUUGGUUAUGGAUGAAAACAACAGCAGUGCUGGUAUUUUUUAGAUUAGCAUUAUUCUUAACUGUGAUGAAAUCUGUCAUUAUCUGAAGGCAGUGAGACACUAGAAGAUGGUUAAUGUGUAAAAGUACUCUGGAAUUUAGUUUCUUUAGAACAGCUGCUAAUGAAGCAGAAAUCUGUGACUUUAACGGUCCCAAGGGAAACUUCUAGGUUUUUGUUGAUUCUGUCACCCUCUUUGUGACUAUUUGGAUUUUUUUUGUGCAAUAAGGAAAAAAGAAUUAAAUUGGUCUUUUUUUUUUUAAUAUCCAAUAUGCAACUCACUAUCUUGGACCUGGCAUAUCAAAUAAUCAGCCUUUUUCCUCAUUGUUUUGUUUGCUUUUGUAGGUGAUACAGAGCCAUCAAAACAACUUUUAUUAUGUUUCGUUUUCAGACCAAAAUGUGAAAUUUCCAAAUCAAAAUAUAGAAACUUACUGCAACACUGGCAUUCCACCCAACACAGCCAGAACAGCUGUAGGUAAAAUAAAAAUAAUUAAACAUUUCACACAUACCCACUCACUUAUAAUAACUUUGCUUCUAAAGAGUCUUUAAAGUAGAUGUUUUCAAAAAAGAAUGAUGAAAAAGCAAUGAGUGUGAACCAGUAGGAUAAUGAAAAAUGUAACUGCCAGGGAGAGCAGUCUGAAAAGUUUGUCCUCAACAGAUAACUGGCAUCUUGUGUAAACACUGAAUAAUGGGGAAAUGCAAUCCUGAUGAUAUCUAUCCAACAGUGAUUAAUCAUGCAAACUACACAUACACUCACCGGCCACUUUAUUAGGUACACCAUGCUAGUAACGGGUUGGACCCCCUUUUGCCUUCAGAACUGCCUCAAUUCUUCGUGGCAUAGAUUCAACAAGGUGCUGGAAGCAUUCCUCAGAGAGCUUGGUCCAUAUUGACAUGAUGGCAUCACACAGUUGCCGCAGAUUUGUCGGCUGCACAUCCAUGAUGCGAAUCUCCCGUUCCACCACAUCCCAAAGAUGCUCUAUUGGAUUGAGAUCUGGUGACUGUGGAGGCCAUUUGAGUACAGUGAACUCAUUGUCAUGUUCAAGAAACCAGUCUGAGAUGAUUCCAGCUUUAUGACAUGGCGCAUUAGCCUGCUGAAAGUAGCCAUCAGAAGUUGGGUACAUUGUGGUCAUAAAGGGAUGGACAUGGUCAGCAACAAUACUCAGGUAGGCUGUGGCGUUGCAACGAUGCUCAAUUGGUACCAAGGGGCCCAAAGAGUGCCAAGAAAAUAUUCCCCACACCAUGACACCACCACCACCAGCCUGAACCGUUGAUACAAGGCAGGAUGGAUCCAUGCUUUCAUGUUGUUGACGCCAAAUUCUGACCCUACCAUCCGAAUGUCGCAGCAGAAAUCGAGACUCAUCAGACCAGGCAACGUUUUUCCAAUCUUCUAUUGUCCAAUUUCGAUGAGCUUGUGCAAAUUGUAGCCUCAGUUUCCUGUUCUUAGCUGAAAGGAGUGGCACCCGGUGUGGUCUUCUGCUGCUGUAGCCCAUCUGCCUCAAAGUUCGACGUACUGUGUGUUCAGAGAUGCUCUUCUGCCUACCUUGGUUGUAACGGGUGGUUAUUUGAGUCACUGUUGCCUUUCUAUCAGCUCGAACCAGUCUGGCCAUUCUCCUCUGACCUCUGGCAUCAACAAGGCAUUUCCGCCCACAGAACUGCCGCUCACUGGAUAUUUUUUCUUUUUCGGACCAUUCUCUGUAAACCCUAGAGAUGGUUGUGCGUGAAAAUCCCAGUAGAUCAGCAGUUUCUGAAAUACUCAGACCAGCCCUUCUGGCACCAACAACCAUGCCACGUUCAAAGUCACUCAAAUCACCUUUCUUCCCCAUAAUGAUGCUCGGUUUGAACUGCAGGAGAUUGUCUUGACCAUGUCUACAUGCCUAAAUGCACUAAGUUGCCGCCAUGUGAUUGGCUGAUUAGAAAUUAAGUGUUAACGAGCAGUUGGACAGGUGUACCUAAUAAAGUGGCCGGUGAGUGUAUAUUUUCACAGGUGUCUCAUAUGAAAAGUCAAACCUGUCUAAUGCAAGCUUUGUGAGUGUUGCUAAUUUAAAAAAAAAAAAAAAAAAGAAGGUUGUUUUAAUGGUCUGGAAGCAAGGCUAAGCUAACUAACCCCAAGCCGUAGCUUUAUAUUUCCAGUGUAGCCCUAAAAGUGAAGUGAGCCUUCUUUAACUCCUGUAAAGUAUUUGAAAUAAGCCAUAAUAUCACACUGUUUCUCAAAACAUCCUGCUGCAUUAUCCAUUACAUAUUCCUUAUUUCCUCAUAUUUCAAACAUAUAUAUAAAAAACCUCUUUAUAUAAGCCUUACAAUUGGUCCAUUAUUAUUUAGUAAGGUUUCCAGAAUCUGCCAAAGUGCACUCACUCUGAAUCUCUAAUACCCACUGUUUAUAAUCACUAGUAAUGAUAAAAACUAUUUCCAUAGUUUAGUCUUAGGGCACAUUCAUACCAGGACUGUUUGGUUUGUUUUAAAAAGACCAUGGUCCCCAUACCCCUUACUCCUUUGGUCCAGGUGGUAUGAACGUGCAAGCAAACCAUGGUCUUGAUCAAACAGACGGACUGUGGUCCUCUUGAAAAUGCCGAAUUCGGUCCCCUUUCAAACGCGCCGUGGUCUGGUCCGCAGCAGUUGUGAACACAGCACUGAUGCAGCCAGACUUUUUAUAUGUAAAUAUAAACUAAUAACACAUUUACACUGUAAUAAAGCCGGGAAAUAAUGCCUGGAGGUUGGGCAUAAUUUCCCGGGGUUGGGCUGGAGGUUGCAGCGGAUGGAGAACAGCCGGUCAAAACUGGACGAAUGGCAGAUGGUUUGUGUUCUAAUACAGUAGUUUGGUGAUAGAUAUUUAAUACCUGUGUAUUCUUCUGCUCAACAAACACACUGACAAUUUGUUAAAAGCAUUCCUUUGCAUCAAUGCCUGGUGUCUCCUUGCACAACCUCUCCGCCACCUCUGGAGAAUUGCAUGAAGCUAGGUGCCCAUUGUUCUCUCUGGUCAGCUACUUUCUGUACGUUGUGGGACAAUGAAGAUUGUUCCCCAAAUGAGCAGGUGACAGACAGUGAUUUUCCCUCAUAAUUUUCCCCCUUUUUUUUUUUUUUUUUUUAAACCAUUUGGUUUGCUUAGCAAAAAGUCCCCUAGGAAUGCUCAACGGACCAAAUGCAAAAUGCAACAGUGUAAACAUUUGGUCCCUGAUCCGGACCUUCUAAGCGGACUUUGGGUGAGAAAGGCCGCUAAGAUCUACCAAGAGCAGGGUUGGCUUCUGUAAAUGGUUUAAAUCUUCAUCACUUAUACUCAUCUCCUCUCCUCUUCAAAUUCCCUAAAGUACUCCCUUUCUUUGUUCACUGGCUUUAUGAAAAAGUAGAUGAAGAUUUGUUGGAGCUCUAUGUCUGCUCAUGGAUUGCUAUUCAAAGCUGGCAUACACCAAAUUGUUUUACUGAAGCAUGAUGAGAUGUACCUUGGUAUAAAAAUCCUCCCUAAUGAAAUUUUCAUGACAUUGUGGAAUAUUGUGCUCCAGUUGUGCUCUAUAAAUAGCCAGAUCGAAAGGACAGCUUCUGCUAUUUUUGACUGCAGGUGCUUUCCCUCCUAUUUCCUCAUCCUCACUUUCUCUUGAGUGAGCUUGCUGCGUUUGCUAUUUUUAGAUUUUCCCAUUUUAGCUUGGCAGGGGGUUCUGUGUGUGUGUGUGUGUGUGUGUGUGUGUGUGUGUGUGUGUAGAGGAUGGGGAUGGGGUUUGUGCUGUCAAUGAGCUGUCACUAAUGGUAGCAUACUAUGGCUGAAGCUUAGGAGAGGAAUGCAGAUAGCAUGAAGGGUUUAGUUUAUCAAGGGAAUGCCUCAUCAUUGAGCAGCAGUACCUGCAAAAAUGUAUUUAGGGGUUGUGUGCACGCGAGGCAAGCAUUAAAACAAUCAAAAGCUUCCGACAAGUGUAUGUCUUUUUUUUUUUUUUUUUUUUUCUUUAGAUUUCAUUGGAAAGCAAGUAGAACAACUGGCUUGUUACCGGAAGGUCAGUACUUUGAAUGCAGAGAGGGCUGCCAGUGAAUACUAAACACUAGCUGGUUUAAAGAGAUGUGUUUGCCCCUUGGUAUCACUGGGUAAAUCCUGAGGGUGUUUUUAUUUUAUGCUAUGAACGAAAAGGUGCUUUUUGUAUGCUGAAAACUGUGUGCACAUUCAGCAGUUCCUCUUAAGAGACAUACUGUAUGUUUUAAUAAAUACAUUAAGAAUGCAGCUUAUGUGGAAAUGCAUCCUAGUAAACCAGCUGUGGGAUUAAUCCCUGUUAAAUCUUACUUUCUUUUUCUUUUUCUGUCUUCAUUUUUCAUCGUCACAUCCCUACUGACUUCUACAGUGAAAUCUUUCCAUUCAUCGUUCCUUCAAUCCCGAGAUAUUCCUUAUCUCUCCCUUCUCUUUUUUUCCUCCAUCUUCUCCUCUCCCUCUCCUCUACUCUCUCUCCUCCCUUCUCACUGCUGGAGACUCAGCUGGCCUCCUGUGACACAAAAACAAGCUGGGUUGUUAUGGCAACCUUCUGUAGACCACGUUAAGUGAUACACAUUUAUUUUUAGAUGCCUCCUAUUCAGGACAAUCAGCAAUGGGUUAACAGGCAUGCUUGUGCCAGAGCAGCAGAUAUUUCUCACUGUACUUAUGGAAAGCAUGGCUCAAAAAACAUACCAACAUUUCCUCUCUUUGGCCACAGCCCAGGUAUCUGCAACUGAGGGAUGAUGAUUUGAAUACGAGGGGUCAUUACCUAUUUUAAGUGUAGCUAUGUAUUCAAGCACAGCAUUGUAAAACUGUCAGUUGGCUAGGCUAACUGACCCCAGUGUCAGUAACAUCCACUUAAACAGGAGGCACUGUAAUGCAUGUAAUGGCCUGCAGACAGCUCAUCAGAAAUCAUCACCACCGCCACUGGUUGCUUCUAUUGAAAUUGGUGUGUAGCCCUAUAUUUGAUUCGAAUAGAAUAGCCUGUGUUCAAAAGUAUGAUGGUGGGUGUUUUCUUUAUUAAAUCUUUAUUUUUAAGCCAUCACAAUCAGGCUAUUAAAUAUUCAUCCCUUCUCUUGCUUUGUACAAUAGAUAUUUACUUUAAAGAUGCAGUAUGUAAAAAUGAGGUUAUUCAGCAAAUCCAGUUGUAACAUUAGAUUUUGCAUUAAAAUGCUUCCUUGCUAACCGCUCCCAUUGGUGAGGUGACAGUGGUCUCUAAAGACAGAGAGCUCCUGUGAUGCAUGACGAAUAUGCACCUGGAUUUUUCAGAUUUCAAAAUGUCUAUCAUCACAAGUUCUUGAAUGCACAACAGCAACCACUCUCUUCUUCUUCGUCAACAGCUUGUGCAGUUGGUGUGUGGCCUCUCAUCAAAUAUAAUAUAUAUAAUAUACACCAACAUUACUAGUUUGCCUGUUCUGUACUACAAUAAGAACAUGCCUGUCAUGAUGGUGAUUUCUGUGUAAAGAGACCUAUGUCUUUUUAAAUAUAAAAGACUCUAAUCAGGAGAUUAUACACCUUUUACAUAGAUGAUUAUACCAAGUCUGUUCUGCUGAAUGCUGUCAUAUCCUACAUGCUGUACCUUUAAAGUCUAAACUCAAGACAGGAAAACUGACUGCAGAUACCCUGCGACCCCUAGCCACAAUACUGAUAAUGUGUCACAGUGCACCCAGAUCAGUGGCGGCUGCUGGUCUUUCAAGGAGGGGAAGCUCAUUUUUCUCGCCUACAUCAUAAUUGUGUUUGUUUAUUUGGAUGUAACAGAACAGAGUCGCCAAACACAACGGCAGUCGUUUUCAACAAAGACAAAAGUCGCUGAGGAUCGGUAAAGUCUCUGGAGCAGUUAAGAACAACAGAAUGAAUAACUUGGAAAAUGCUCUGGUAGAUGUUUUAUUCUUCAAGAUUGCUGAUUCGCUUGUUUAGCUGUCAAUCAAAAAAGGAUUUCGCCUCAGACAGCUCAUCCAAUCAUGGAUGCAGAAGCUCAGCGUCCUCAAGAAAGUUGGGACCGCCCUCUUGUCAUAGAACUCCAGAGACGCUGAGCGCCCGAUGGGCGGGACAAAGCCCAGCAUUUAUCCAAUGAGCGUCUAGUUUCGCUGCUGGAACAACCCACUUUGAGCUUCCACAUUGAAGUCAGCAGAAGCUGAGCAUCUGGCUGUGUGAAGCGCUGAGGCGCUGCGAGGAUGAAUGAGAACAAAGUUAUGCCGGUUACCUGUGAUUAUCAGCUUCUUAUCACAGUGUGAUAAGAAGCUGAUUCUGAACAAAAGAUGAAGGCUUUCUAGCGCGUAUUUAGUUAAUGAAAUGUACACACAGCAGUACGUAUUUCACCACUUUUCUUUCUUUGGGGGGGUGACAUUUUAAGGGAAGCUGAGCUUCCCUUGCAGCCUUAGAGCAAUCGCCAGUGACCCAGAUGUUUCUGUAACGCAAAAGUCUGGCUUUGCAAGGGGCUCUGAGGGCCAGACUCGGUGAUAACCAAGAACAGUGUGGUUGACCACUGGAGAGACAGUUGACAACUCGGAAAGACAGUGCAAGGGACAACAUGGGUUGGCACCCCAGCCUGUGUCUUUCGUGAAAAAGAACCCUAUAACUAACAUGCUACAGACAGCCUUAAAGACUCAUACCCCAGGACAUCAUGAGAGAAGGCGAGGAUGAGAUCUCAAAUCGGACAGACCCAAGGCUAUUGACCAAUGCAAAUGGACCGACUAUGAGCAUAACAUCUAUUUGCGGAAAGCUGUGCAAGAACCAGUGUGGCCUAAGAAUCCACCAGGUCAGAAUUAAAUGUCUGGAACUGGGGAAUGAAGUGCAAUGCACAGGACUUCGAUCUGGUGAGACAAGAGGGGCCUGAAGGCAAAGCUGCCUCCAUUGCUCAUCCCUUUGGUUUCAUGAAGUAACUGCUUGGAGACAAGCGCAGUGGCUGUCUGAAGUGCUCUAUAGAGGAAGUGAACUGCUUCCUUCAGGACUCCUAAAGCAACCCAAUUAGGGAAAAGAUCUGGAUGUCAACGAAUCUGUAAUCCCAUCCCCCAACAACAGCAUUCAGUCUGAGGGGGCCAAGUUUUAAGUAGGUGGAGGAGGUCAUCAAGACAGCUCAAGCAGCAGCAGGACCCAGUUGAGAACUCUUGUCUAGAAGUGCUUCCCAGAGCUUCUCUGGCACCUUAGGAAGACAAGCAGUCUUGCCCUCCCAAGCAAAGUUAAAUUCCAUGUAUGGAGAAAGAGUGAGACACCUCUGCCAUUUCUGCUCAGGAAGAGGCUCCUGGGAACAUUUCCUUAAGAGCUGAUCUAGGGCUCUUGCAGAUGGCUAUUACUGUUUACGCCAUGACCAGGUGCUUAAGAAAGUAGAUGAGAGUUUAGCCUCAACCAUCAGCACCAACAAACACCAUCAUCCUUGGAAGAGGGCAGUCUCUUUCGUGAAGGCUAGAGAGAAGCCUCGUGCACACACGCAAACAACAACAGGACUACUCCACACAGCUUCUGACUGGCAGCUGCAGGUCCAUGUGGGAAAGCACAGACAUGAUCACCACCUCUGAGGCUUCCAUACAUUGCUGGAGCUGAUGGUGCACAUAGAACAGCAUUUAGAGGAAGCCAAUAAGAGGAAACAUGCCAAGCACCAAGAGCUGGUGGGGAAGUGCAGGGCAGAGGCUGGAAAACCCUCUAUGAGCCCAUAGGGGUUGACUGCAGAGGCUUUGCAGGCCGGUCAGUCUGCAGGAUCCUCUUAAGCUGAGUGUGAUGGGGGGCAUCCAAGAAGACGGCCAUUUAAUCUCCAAGUGAAGCUACAGAGAAAACUACAAUAUGGCUUUGGAUGAAGAAGGCUGAUCCAUGGGUUGCUGCUGGGAUGCAGGUUGAGGCUUGAUUAAGCCUGGCCUGGUCACCUGGGGGGGGGGGCCCAAAACACCAUGUGACCCCAGGCCACAACACUUAUGUGUCCCAGCACAUCCAGGAGAUGUGUCUUUAUAGCUUGACUGAACUGAUUAAUCCAUGGAGGGAUAGAGGUCCUUUUGGGUUUGUUUCAUAUUACAUCUUUCAUUAUUGUCUAACAUGUCAUAUGCUCUGUGUCUCUGUCUCUUUUUCCCAUUCUCUCUUUCAGACACAAACAUAUGUGAGUAUCCAGACCCUUGUCAGUCCAGAUGGCUAUUUUUUUUCUUGAGCCAGUGCUUUCAGCACAGUGCUACUUUUGAGAUGUUGGCAUUUGGCAGUUGCUCCAUUGCCCUGUGCCUGUGCUACGAACAGCUUGUGCCAACACAAUAGAACCCCUCUGUCAUUUUGCUGGCUUAAUAUGAGACCCUUCCCCACAGCUUGUCCCAGUUCCAGGUUUAUUUUACUAGGUUCAUCAAGUUCCUUUCAGAGGUUCGCGUAACAGAACCAUUGUUUAUAAACUGCAGUGCUUUUUGACCCUUUCAUCUGAUAAACUAACAAUCUAUGCUUACCAGCAGACAGUGUUCAAAUGGACAAUUUUGUGGAUUUCAGUUUAAAGCAUUGUAACAGGCCUUAUAUUAACUAAUAUCUGGCUUUGUUUGGACAAAAAUAUCCUAUCAAAUAUCCAAUAAACUGACACAAUGUUUUACUUUGCUCAACUUCAUGUUAACCUUCAUAAAAUCUAUAGAUCAGGACCAUUGUGCUUCAAAGUGGGGGGUAUUAUAUUUCAUAGAGACAAUAGUUGGCAGAAAAAUCUUUAAUGUCAAGAAAAUGAGCCAGAUAUAAAAAUCGCAUAACAAUAUGAUGUCAACACAUAGAUGAAGAAGGUCUGCAACACACAAGAAAUUGUGCACCAUUUAAUGUGGGGUAGGCAGGAUCCUGUUAAAGAAGCAUCAUUUUUGUUGUAUAUAUACAAAAAAGUUUUUAAUAUCAGUCAGUAGCUAUUAGUUAUUGAUAACAUUUGGUAAUAUCACAAUAUAGCUGUGUUCUUUUAUGUCUGUGUAGUCAACAUUUUAAAACUUUUGAGAGUCUCACUCAUUCUGACUGUAAACAAAGCCAUUCUCCUCGUCCCCAACCUGAUUGGUUGUGAGGCGAAUGCUACUCCUUAGUGCUGAUUGGAUGUGAGGCGGACGCUGCUCCCUCAUGUUGUGAUUCACACUCUGAGUCCUCGAAUAACAUUCACGAGCCCCAACAAAGUAAGCGUGCCACAUUAUCGGACAGUAGAAACCAACCAGAAAGUAUGGAAAAUUGUCUGAAUCCUCCUUUGGCCACGACUGGCAACACAAGAAAGAAAACAAAGUAAAUACUGGAGACUCUGGCGGAAUAAAGGGCGCUUAAACAAGAGGAGGUAGACCACACAAGAGCUAAAAAGUCAUGUCAACAUCAGUGGGGCAUAAACAAUGGGGGAUGCUUAGGGAUCUUACGGACCCUAUAACCUUUCUGCUGGACAGGUAAACCACUUUAACAAAGUAAGCCAAGUGUCUGUAACAGAAGUGUUUCUUGUCCAUUGGGACCUGCUGCGUUUUGUAGUUGUAGUGUUGUAGUUGUUGUCUCGCAAACAUUGGGCUCUAUUUUCGUGCCCGCCGGCGGCGCUGCAGAGGGUGGCGGACCCCAUGCAGUGGUAUUUUCGUCCGGCGGAGCCCAGUGCACAGCCAGUUUUGUAUUUUUCAUGGACUGAGGUGCACCAAGAUCCACCAAGCUGGGCGUGGUAGGGGGAGGUGUGAGCUUGCACAGUGGCAUUUUCGUGCACUGAAAGCUCGCCGAUUCAAACCUGGUCAGCUUUUAGCGCAGGCGGAGGGCUUCAGACAUCUCUUGAUCUCUUUGACUACUGCACGACAAUUGUAAUAUGCCUUGCCAGUGGCGGAUUUAAAAGUGAGGAGAGGAGCUGAUCUGAUUGGUGAAAACAGGUCUCUCCUCCCUCGCUACGAGUUACGCCGGGCUGCACCGCUCACCAAAGUACCAAAGUGUGCUUGGGCACGCCUUGUCAGCGCGUCGGACCUUACUUACGCUGCGCCUAUGCCACGCCGCUGGCAAGGAACGAAAAUAAAGCCCAUUGUGUUUGCUGGUGGUCUGUUGGCAUCUACAGUUGCACCAAUGCUUUUUGCUUUCACAUUGACUGGGCCCCAUUUGUAAUUAUCUGAAUUAUUUAUGUGCAUUAAAUCUGAAUUUAAUUAAUUAGAAUUGUUUGUGGGCGGGGCUUGCUUGAGCAGAGAGGGAGGGGAGAGGAGGAGCUGAGGGGAAAACUGGUUUGGAGGGUCAGUGUUUACAUUCAAGAUUUCUCCCAAAAAGUGGCGCUUUUUUAGAUCCUGCCUACCCCACCUUUAAGUAAAUUAAAAUACCAAGCAAUAUCUAGUGAUUAGUGUCCAGUGUGAAAAAAUCCCUUGCUCACCCCUGGUGAAGCAUUAGUUUUGGUGCUCGACAAGUAUGAUUCUCCAUUGGUCAAAUUUUAACAUAUAUCACUGCAAACUCUACAAUACGCACAACAGCAACCACUCUGUUAUUCUUUGUCUAUGGUUUGUCUAUGUUUCUGUGGUUUGUCUAGGUUCUGCCUCAGAGUCAGCAGCAGUAGUUGAUGAGCCUGCAUAAUAACAGUUAUCAGACUGAAGCCACUGUAGGAAUACUAAUUACAGGAGGACACCAAAAGGGCAUCACAUGCCUUGCAAUAAAUUAUCUUACUGAGCUAUGCAAAUGGGAUUUGCAUGAGCAUAAACAUAGGUAUGCACAUGUGCAGUUUUAUAAAGAUGCAAAAAAAAGCACAAGUGUAAGCAGGACAAUGUGCAUGGAUGGAAAAUGGAGUCACUUUCACAAAGGCUAAGAUGGUUCAGUUAGAAAACCCUUUUACUGCGAAAUCCUGUGGAGGCCUUAUUAAACCAAAGAUAUACUAACAGUGAAGAAAAAAGUGCUUUUAAUCAGUCAGUGCUAGAUUUUCUCCUACAAGAUUCAUCUGACUUGAACAGAAACUGAUGAGGACAAAAAUCCCCCCAUUGUUAUAAACUGCCACUCUUUAUUUGCUGUAGUCAGAUGUACCGUUCCUUAUAAUUAACUUGCUUAUUGAUCUAUCUCAAGGUGAAGACGAUAGCUCCCUAUGGUUUAUAAGUGUAAUUAGAUAACUGUUACAUUGACAGAGGCCUGAAUGACAGAAAGGGGGGAGAAAAAUGGGAUAUUAGUUGGAUAGAAAUUCCAAGAUUACCAGUAGUUGGCUGUGCACAUGUUCACACGUUUGCAGCAAGACAUUCACAUUUGGAAAAUUAGAUUGCAUGAGGUUGAUUGCACCUGCACCUGGACAGAAAGUUAAUCUCACUAGUGUUGCAUUUGUGGCUCAAAGUCGCUUAAAUUUCUCGUCCCAUUAGAGCCAUGACGCCUUGGCUUGUCCCUUACAUGAAGUUUCGUCAUGUCUGUUAUCACUCUAAUCUCUUCACAAUGUUAAGGUGUCAUCUGUUAGCUCUGCACACAGGGUGCUGCUGAGUGGCAGGUGCCCUGUAAUCUGCCAACCAUCUGGUGUGUGCACAGACAAGGCCUCCAUCUAAAAAUUGUCCUGAAUACUAGAAUUCACCUGUACUGUUUGUGUGACCUGCAAAAACCAUGCACAAAUACAUACAGGCCCAAGCUUACAUACAUCACACUUCUGUUCCUGUGGAGCAGAGUGCUGGAGAGGGAGUGAGAGUGAGCAUAUAAGUACAUGUUGACACUGUUGCUAGUUGUGAUAUUGUUGUUUGAGUCACAAGGUUGCCAGGCAGUCUAAUUACACUGUGCAGGCUAGCACGAAUCAGCAACCAAACUGAGAUAAUACUGAAGAAGAGUCAUUCUUAACAAGCUUGAAACACUGAGCCAGAAUUACUGGCUGUGAUAAUACUCCCAGCAAUAACAGUUUUAGGGCCAUUUGAUCAUAUUUUCAUCAUUCUAUCUAAGCUGAUGGAAACAUGGCAGUACUGUUGUGCUAUGGAAAAGGAUGGAGAUAUGCAUGCCUGUCAUAUACAGAGAAAAAAGAUGAUAUGCAGUUUUCCUGAUUAAGUGAUAUUUCUUGAUUAAAGAACUGCACUCAUGGAAAAAAAUGAACAGAAUGAUAGUACAAUCAUUGGGCCUAGCUGAACUGUUGAGGGCACUGGCAGACAUGAUUAAUGAUAUUUCCUGGAAUUGUCUUGAGAGUAAUGAAGAAUUUCAAGUAUGCCAGUGACCUGCAAAUGUCUUGCAAAUCUCUCAAGAUUUUUUUUAUUUGACUUAUAGUUGUGCAUAUUCAGAAUGCAUGUAGAGUAGAGCCUCUUCAACCUCAAUGAUUCAUUCUGUGUUUCAUCAAGAAGAUGAAUGGCAAUAACAAGAGCACAGACUGAUGCCCAUAGUUAAUAGAAUAAAGGCAGGGGAAACAAUCCAUAGCAUAAUAUGUCUGAAUGAUGAAUGUGUCUGAAAAUGUUCCCUUUCUUUUGUUUCCUCAGUUCGAAGGAGAGGAAGAGAACAGACGUGCAGAGGAGGGCAAAGCCCGUUAUCUCCAGAAUAAAGCGAAGAGGCUUGCAGAUAAGGAGCGCCAAAGUGCUGCUGCUCACCAAAGUUAAACUUCUGUAAAAGCAGUAUAACCAACUCCACAUAUACAGUAUGAAAAAAGUCUCAUGUCCUCUAAAUGUAGCCUCCAACUUGUGACUUUAACCUGUGACUAGUAUUUUUCUGUACUCCUCACCAAAGUGUCCACAACUAGCUGAAUAUGUAUGUGAAAGUAAGAGUUCAUAUUUUAUUUUGGCAAGAUUUGAUUCCUGUUUGAAGACAGAAUAAGAAAGAAAUCUAUUUUAUUGUAGGAACAUCUUUAAGUAUGAAGACUUCUUGAUUGUUGCAAAUGCAGAGUAAGAGUCUGAGUUGAAAUGAGAUGAAUAAAUGAGUGAAUAAUGAUGAUUAAAGAUCUGAGUGUGAGUGUG